GCGCACACUUGUCCCUCGCGCACUAUCCGCUAACUAUUCGCAAUCGACCGACGUCUUGGUUGUUGGACUGGGUUAUAAUGACUUGACUUCUGCUAAAUGAACCCGUGGACUUUAAGUUUAUCGCAGUGGCGUAUUUAUUUCACGUUUGGAGAGCUACAUAGCGAAAGCUUUCGAUUAAGGACUUAGCGUCGAGUGUGAGUUUUUUCGUGCGUUGUGCUGCUGUUGCGGCAAGAUGGAGAAGCAGUCGAGGUGGUCGGAGCAGCGCACUGAGCGCCGGGAGCAGGUGGUGCAGCAGCAGGAACGGAUGCAGAGAACCGAGCACCAUUACACACACCAAACGCUCUCGCAGCAAGUUGGAAGUGUGGGUGGUGAACGUUUAUCCAUCACAUCUGGCAGACCUGGAGAUCCCUCCCCGCCUAUAUUUGAACAAAUAUUUAAAAAUGCAAGAUUCGCCCAAGGAGGUAACGCUAAAUUUGAGGGCAAAUUGAGGGGAAAUCCCACCCCAGUAGUAUCGUGGACCAGAAAGAAGGCACCAUUAGUAGAAUGCAAUAAGUAUAGCAUGAGCUAUAAUGAGCAAACUGGUGAUGUGUCCCUUCUUAUCAAACAGAUAGGUCCGGGUGACGAGGGUGAGUACACUUGUACGGCUCGGAAUCAAUACGGUGAAGCUAUUUGCUCCGUUUAUAUCCAACCGGAGGGUGUUCCCAUAUCAACUCAACAAGCAUCUCAACAGCACCAAAGCUAUAGACAUGUUAGUGAAAGUGUAGAACAUAAGUCAUACGGUACACAGGGAUAUACUACCGAACAAACAAAGCAGUCACAAAAGUAUGCAUACACAAAUGGAACAGAUCACUCGUCCAUUGACGAUUUCAAAGUUGACACUUUCGAAUAUAGACUUUUGAGAGAAGUAUCCUUUAGAGAAACAGUUACAAAACGUUAUAUUGGUGAAAAUGACGUCCAAAUUAGUACAGAGAUUGAUAAGACUUUAGGUCCUGUAUCACCACCAAAGAUAUCACAAAAACCAAGAAAUUCUAAGUUGCAAGAAGGAGUUGACGCGCAAUUCCAAGUACAAUUAUCAGGAAACCCUCGCCCGCGAGUUACUUGGUUCAAAAAUGGACAACGAAUAGUCAACUCAAAUAAACACAACAUUAUUAAUACUAAUAAUCAAACAAUUCUUAGGAUACGAAGCUCACAAAAGUCUGAUUCUGGUCAUUAUACGUUAUUAGCUGAAAAUCCCAACGGAUGUAUCGUAACGUCUGCAUGUCUUGCUGUUGAGUCACCUCACGAAACAUAUGGUCAAGAACAGAAAUCACAAUAUAGUAUUGAAAAUCAGCAAAAUGAGUCUGAAAGAAUAGAAAUAACUGAAAAAGCUCUCGCUCCGCAAUUUGUUAAGGUCUGUCAAGAUCGUGAUAUCACCGAAGGUAAAAUGACGCGAUUCGAUUGCCGCGUCACAGGCAGACCUUACCCCGAAGUCACGUGGUUCAUUAAUAAUAGACAAAUACGAGAUGAUUACAACCACAAAAUUCUCGUUAACGAAUCAGGUAAUCACGCUUUGAUGAUUACAAAUGUCGAUCGAAGUGAUAGUGGUGUAGUUAGGUGUGUUGCAAGGAACAAAAGUGGGGAAACUUCGUUCCAGUGCCGAUUGAAUGUAAUUGAGAAAGAGCAAGUGGUUGCUCCUAAAUUUAUUGAGCGAUUCAGCACCGUGAGUAUACGAGAAGGAGAACCUGUUGUUUUGAAUGCACGCGCAGUUGGCACACCUACACCACGAAUCUCAUGGCAGAAGGAUGGUGUACCAAUUAUACCCAACCCAGAACUACGAAUUUAUACCGAAGGUGGGGCCUCGACAUUAGACAUUCCGAGAGCCAAGGCGUCGGAUGCGGCAUGGUAUCAGUGCACAGCUCAGAAUGUCGCAGGUUCCACAGCUACUAGGGCAAGGCUUUAUGUAGAAGUACCUAAAGAGCCUCCGCCUGAACAAAAACGUCUGCACUUCCCACGGCCUACAAAAAUAAUUGAACCAGAACCUGCACCAGGCCCUGAAAUCAUUUACUUGAGGCAUGUGGAAAGAGCACGACCAUUCGUUCCUCCAGGUGAGGAGGACCGAAUUUACCCUCCUCCUCAGUUUAUUGUGCCCUUGAAGAGUGUAUCACAAACAGAGGGGGGUAAAAUACACUUUGAAACAAGAAUAGAGCCAGUGGGUGAUCCAUCAAUGAAAAUAGAAUGGUUAAGAAACGGCCAAAGCAUAGAAGCAAGUUCUAGGUUCACAUCAAUAUUCAGAUUUGGUUAUAUAUCCUUAGAUAUGCUUAGCUUGAACAUUCAAGAUAGUGGGGAAUACACUUGCAGAGCAAUCAGUGCGACUGGUGCUGCGGAAACUAAGGCCAUACUACAAGUAACGCCUAGAGCCACUAUUGAGAGAACUAGUCAACACCCUGAGAGUUUGCAAUACAUUCAACAACUGGAAGAUUAUUCAAAAUAUCAACAUCAAGAAUCAAUUGAAGAGCAAACGUCUCAAAGACCUCAGUUUAUCAGACCCUUACAAGAUCUUGGUGAACUUCAAGAAGGGCGUAAUGCUCAUUUUGAAGCACAACUGACACCUGUAAGUGAUCCUACUAUGCGAGUUGAAUGGUACAAAGAUGGAAAGUCAAUCACAGCUAGCUCGCGAAUCACAGCAAUCUUCAACUUCGGAUACGUCUCCCUUAACAUCAUGCACCUACGGGUUGAAGAUGCAGGUUCGUACACAGUUAGAGCUGUGAAUAAACUUGGUGAAGCCAUCAGUACUGCUUCAAUAAAAGUAGCUGCUAGAAGCACAGUUACAGGUGAUCUUGGGAUACCAGAACAAAGAAGGUACAUAGAACAAACUGAGCAACUUGAAGCAUAUCAACAACAACAACAUCAAAAAUAUUAUCAAGAAGUGCCUGAAAGCACACAAAGACCAGAGUUUAAGACCCCUAUUAAAGACCAAAUAAAUAUAAAAGAAGGUGGAUUCGCCCACUUUGAGGCACGUCUUGAACCAAUUGGAGAUUCUUCGUUGAAAGUUGAAUGGUUGAAGGAUGGACGCCCAGUUGAAGCAAGUUCAAGAAUAACUACAUUCUUUAACUUUGGAUAUGUCGCAUUAACAAUUAAAUCUGUAUCCGUUCACGACGCUGGUCAUUACACAUGCCGAGCGUUUAAUGCUUUAGGGCAAGCCACAACAAGUGCUAAUCUUUCAAUUAUUACGAAGAAAGAUAUUAUAGCCGAAUCUCAACAUCCAAGUGGCUUAGAAAAAAUACAAUAUUUGGAAGACUCUAGUAGAUAUUCAAAACGUUUGGAAGAAGAAACUAAAGUUACCCAGAAGCCUAGGUUUUUAGGUCCGUUGAAGGGUACAAACAAAAUUGUAGAAGGACAGAGUGCUCAUUUUGAAGCAAGAGUAGAACCACAAAAUGAUCUUACAAUGAAUGUCGAAUGGUAUUUUAACGGGAAACAUAUAAAGUCCGCUAAUCGCAUUCAAACAUACCACGACUUUGGAUAUGUAGCAUUAGAUCUGUCUAACGUAAGAGCUGAAGAUGCUGGUGUUUACACAGUAGUUGCUAAAAAUGCUGCUGGUGAAGCACAGCUAAGCGCGUCGAUGAUUGUUGAAACACGAUCAAGUAUUGAUACAUCAAGUAUACAUCACGGCUUGUAUGAAAAAACACGACAAAUGGAGGAAUCUAAGUUCGUUGAACCUAUUUAUCAUAUUGAAGAAAUAUCAAAAUCAAAGCCUGUAUUUGUGCAGCCUUUGUCAGAUCCCAAGCCAAUAUCAGAAGGUAAAAACAUUCAUCUCGAAUGUAGACUCGAGCCAAUGGGUGAUCCCACAAUGAGAGUUGAAUGGUACCAUAACGGUAGAGCGGUAACUGUAGGAUCUCGUUUUAAAACAUACUACGAUUUUGGAUUUGUAGCACUUGAUAUUGUCCAUGCUACAUCGGCUGAUACUGGAGAGUAUACAGUUAGAGCAGUUAAUCAUCUGGGAUCCGCACAUACGUCUGCUAUGGUCAGAGUUAUUGAAAGAUCCGAUAUUGUAACGGAUACACAAAAUGAACAAGCAGUUGAACAAAUUCAAAUGCUUGAGGACGCUGCACGUCGCACAAGGCAGGUUCAAGAAGAUAUUACAGUGAUGCAAGCUCCACAAUUCUCUAGAGCCUUACAUAAUAUAGAGACUGUGGAAGGAACUAAUGUUCAUUUGGAGUGUAGACUACAGCCAGUUGGAGACCCAACGAUGAGGGUUGAGUGGUUUUGUAAUGGUAGACCUAUAAAAACUGGACAUAGGUUUAGGCCCGCAUACGAAUUUGAUUAUGUAGCUCUUGAUCUUCUUAGUGUCUACCCUGAAGAUUCUGGUGUAUACACAUGCCAAGCAACAAAUCAACUUGGCGAAGCCGUAACGUCUUGUGCUUUAAGAGUAAUAGCAAAGAAAGAUUUGAUUUUUGAAUCGCAACAUCCUUCAGGUUUAGAAAAGAUACAAUACCUGGAAGAUACAUCUCGGUACAAGAAAUCUGAGGUGGUUGACGAAAUGAUAACUAUAAAACCACAUUUUGUCACUAAACCCAAAUCCAUUGAAAAUGUUAGAGAAGGACAGCACGUUCAUUUUGAAUGUAAGCUUGAACCUGUUACCGAUUCUAAUUUAAAGGUAGAAUGGUUCAAGAAUGGACAGCCCGUAACUAUUGGGCAUAGAUUUAGGCCCAUUCAUGAUUUUGGAUAUGUCGCCCUUGAUAUAAUUGAUUUAAUUGCUGAGGAUUCAGGAAUUUAUACAUGUCGGGCAGUUAAUCUUCUUGGAACUGACGAAGUUAGCUGUAAGCUAAGUUGCCGAGAAACAGCUGACAUUAUUCGCGGCACACAAAAUGAAGCUGGCCUUGAACAAAUUCAAGUUUUAGAAGAUAGAUCCAGGUAUCAAAAGAAUCAAUUUGUGGAUGAGAUGACCACGCAAGCCCCAAUAUUUACGACUUCUCUGAAAAAUAUUGAAAUAAAAGAAGGACAACGUGCUCAUUUUGAGUGCAGGCUAAUUCCUGUGUCUGACUCAACUUUAAAAGUGGAAUGGUAUCAUAAUAAUGAACCACUUAAGAGUGGUUCAAGAUUUACAGAAACUAACAACUUUGGAUUCGUUGCAUUAGACAUUUUUGCUUGCUUGCCCGAAGACUCUGGAACAUAUACUUGCAGAGCCAUUAACGCUCUCGGAGAAGCUGUCACAUCUGCAACAGCUAUUGUGAAUUCCAAAAAGUCAAUUUACUUGGAAUCACAGCAUGAAGAAGCUUUACCAAGGUUACAUCAACUAGAAGAUUCCUCACGGCACCACAGACCAAGUGCUCCUGAAGAUGUUGUUACUCAAGCUCCUGUGUUCACCAUGCCAAUGAGAGAUAUUAGAGUUGCGGAAAAUCAGGCUGCUCAUUUUGAAGCCAGGCUGAUUCCAGUGGGUGAUCCAAAGUUGCGAGUAGAAUGGCUUCGUAAUGGAGUGCCCAUUACAGCAUCUAAUCGUUUAACAACAAUGCACGACUUUGGCUAUGUUGCCCUUAACAUGAAGUAUGUCAAUCCUGAAGAUUCAGGAACUUAUACAUGUCGUGCUGUAAAUGACUUGGGAGAAGCUGUUACGUCAUCUACAAUGUUUGUUCAAUCUAAGGCAUCUCUUCUAUUAGAAUCACAAAAUGAAGCAGCCUUGCAAAAAAUACAACAAUUAGAAGACACAUCCCGAUAUAAGCGUAAGGAGGAUAUUGAAAUGGCUAUCAAUCAGGCUCCUCGAUUCACCACUCAGUUGAACGGGCCUUCUAAGUUGAUGGAAGGACAAAGUGCUCAUUACGAAUGUAGAAUUGAACCGUACCCUGAUCCAAAUAUGCGCGUAGAGUGGUAUUUUAAUGGUAAAGUUCUGCAAAGUGGACAUCGGUACCGCACUGCAUUCGAUUUCGGUUUUGCAGCACUCGACAUCUUGACUGUUUACGCAGAAGAUUCUGGUGAAUAUACCUGCAAGGUGAUAAAUAAUUUGGGACAAGCGGUAUCAUCAAUAAAAUUAAACGUUCAAUCUAAGGAAGGUAUCAUCCGAGAUACCCAACACGAAAGUGCUUUGGAGAAAAUUCAAUAUCUGGAAGAUGGCAGUCGAUUCAAGAAGGCUGUACAUGACGAUAGUUUCAUUGCUGAAAAACCACAGUUUGGUAAACCUAUUAAGAGCGUUGAAGCUGCUGAAGGCCAACCAAUACAUCUAGAGGCAACUUUAACUCCGGUCAAUGAUCCUACAAUGAGAGUUGAAUGGUACUGCAAUGGUAGACCAAUACAACAGGGUCACCGAUUUAAGACUACAUACGAUUUUGGAUACGUAGCUUUGGACGUGUUGUACGCAUACUCUGAAGAUUCUGGCACUUACAUGUGCAAAGCUACAAAUGCUGUUGGUGAAGCCGUAACAACCAGUUCGGUAAAAGUUGACGCUAAAGCUGGUCUGUACCUUGACACUAUGGAUGAACAACGUCUAAAGAAGAUAAGAGAGUUGGAACAAUUUGAAAGACCAAAACCGGUAGAGGAAGAAAGACCAGGACAGAGACCGGUAUUCUUAACGCCUUUGGCAAAUCUUGAAAAUCUGAAAGAAGGCGAUCACGCUCACUUUGAAUGUAGAGUUGAACCUAUAAAUGAUCCGGAUCUUAAAAUUGAAUGGUUCAUAAACGGCCAAAAAAUAAAGACUGGCCAUAGAUUCAGGACUACCCAUGACUUUGGAUAUGUGGCAUUGGAUAUAUUGUAUUCGUACUCUGAAGAUUCCGGUACUUACAUGUGUAAGGCUACAAACAAACUUGGAGAAGCAGUCAACACAUGCACGUUGAAGGUUGCAGGGCACAGAAACAUUAUUUUAGAUACGCAACAUCCUAACGGUCUUGAAAAGAUCAGACAGUUAGAAUCACAAGGGCAUCAAGCAAGAAUUGAAGUUGAAGAGCCUAAAGUUUAUCCUCCUCGAUUUAUUACUGAACUAAGAGGAACAACACAUGUUUACGAAGGACAAACCGCACAUUUCGAAUGCCAAGUUGAACCAGUACAUGACCCCAACUUGCGCAUUGAGUUCUAUCAUAACGGUAAGGCCCUGCAAUCUGCGUCAAGAUUCCAUAUCACUUUUGAUUUUGGUUAUGUGUCUUUGGAUAUCCAACAUUGUGUGCCGGAAGAUGCAGGCGAAUAUUCGGUGAAAGCUAUUAAUGCUCUUGGGCAAUGUACUUCAUCCAUAUCCAUGACAGUAACCGCAAAAGGUAGUAUUAUAAUGGAAUCGCAACGUCCAGAAGGCUUGGAGAAAAUUCGCGAGUUAGAAUCAGCUGAACCCUUCAAACGUCCAGAAAUCCCCGAACCUGUAACGAGGCAAAGGCCAGUUUUUACGCAGCCAUUACAAAAUAUUGACAAUAUUCAAGAAGGUGAAACUGCUCACUUUGACUGUAGACUUAUCCCUGUUGGAGACCCAACACUCAAAGUAGAAUGGUUCCGAAAUGAGAAAUUGAUUGAAGAUAGCUCGAGAAUUACUAAAACACAUGAUUUUGGUUAUGUAUCAAUGACCAUACAACACGUUCGUGACGAAGAUGAAGGAGUUUAUAUGUGCAGAGCCUCAAACUUAUUAGGAGAAGCUGUAACAACUGCCGCGAUGAAAAUUAAAACUAAAGCCGCCAUUCAAAUGGAUACUCAACACCCAGAGGGGAUGAAAAAGAUUCAAAAGUUGGAGCAACCAGUGUUGAAGAAAGGUGAAGAGCCUGACCGUGAAUUCGAAAAACCAAUCUUUACUCAAGUUCUUACAGGACCUUCUGAGUUAUGGGAAGGCCAACAUGCUCAUUAUGAAGCACGCGUUGUUCCAGUUGGGGAUCCCAGCUUACGUUUUGAAUGGUACAUUAACGGUGUGGAGCUUAAAAUGGGUUCCAGAUUCCGCACAACACACGAUUUUGGAUUUGUUACACUGGAUAUAAAUUCAGUUGUGUCAGACGAUGCAGGAUUAUACAUGUGUAAAGCCAUUAACAAGGCAGGAAGUACAGUCUCGUCUACAUCUCUAAAAGUAAAAACUAAGUCGACUAUUGUUGACCAAGCGAUGAGACCGGAGUCAUGGGAAAAGAUACAACUCAAGGAAGCAGCAAUGAACCAAGUACCUGAAAUGUUUGUUGAUUUAGGAGUGCAGCAGGCUCCAAUAUUUACUACACACUUAAAGAGUUAUGAUAAACUAAUAGAAGGACAACAUGUUUACUUGGAAGCCCAAGUAGAACCACGCACAGAUCCAAAUCUUCGCAUUGAGUGGUUUAAAAACAGCGUUUCUCUAACAACUGGUUCAAGAAUAAAAAGUACAUUCGAUUUUGGUUUGGUUACCUUAUCUAUAAAUUCAGUGAGAUAUGAUGACUCCGGCAUUUAUACUUGUAAAGCAACUAACUUGAUGGGAGAAGCUGUUUCCACAGCUUCAAUAAAGAUUGAGGAUCGUCAUUGGCUUCUCGGGGAAUCUCUACAUCCUGAAUCUCUUGACCGUAUAGGAGCAUUGGAGCAACCUAAACCAGCGAAACCUGAUUCACCUGAGCCAGUAUAUGAAACACCAGUAUUCAUAACACACUUAAAUAAUAUUAUUUGCAAAGAAAGUGAUAAUAUACACUUUGAAUGUAAUGUUGAACCAUCCAGAGACCCAACUCUUAAAAUUGAAUGGUUCUUUAAUAACACACCUUUACCAUCGGGUACCAGAUACAAGAGUACUCAUGAUUUCAGUUAUGUUUCCUUAGAUAUAAUGCAUACAUAUGAAGAAGAUUCAGGUAUAUACACGUGUAAAGCUACAAAUAGUAAGGGCUCAGCUACCACAUCAGGUUCCUUGCGUUGUACUGGAUAUAAACAUAUAUACUUUGAUACACAACAUCCACAAGGUAAAGCUGGUCUCGAAGCAGUAGAACAAGCCGAAGAAGCUCGACUUUCUAAAGGCAGAAGACCAUCUGUACCAGAUGCAGAAUAUCCUAAGCCUGAGUGGGUGGUUCCCGUCGCAGCUGAACAUAAACUCAUUGAGGGGCAACCGCUCCACUUAGAAGGUCAAGUUGAACCUAAGAAUGAUCCUGAUCUAAAAAUUGAAUGGUACUUCAAUGGUAAAGUAUUAGAACAAGGCUCCAGAUUUAAGCUCGCUAGCGAUUUUGGUUUUGUCACAUUGGAUGUGACAGAUGUAUAUGAAAGGGAUAGUGGAAUUUACACCUGCAAAGCUUAUAACAAGCGCGGCGAAGCUUUCACUUCAUCCACUAUUUACUGUACCAGUAAGGAAAACCUAAUCGAGCGAACGCAACAUCCCAAAGGAAAAGAAGGACUAGAAAAAAUCCAAAAUCUCGAAGAAUCACUUCGUAAAGAACCCAGUCAAAAGCCAGAUGAUGACACAGGAAGAGCUCCAGAAUUUACUACUGUAUUCCAGGAUAUUUUAGAUAUAAACGAAGGACAAAUUGCCCAUUACGAGGCUUCUCUUAUUCCAACUGGAGAUCAAACUAUGAUCAUAGAGUUCUUCUAUAAUGGUCAUGCAAUAGAAGCAAGUCAUCGUAUUCGAACUGUUUAUGCCUUUGGAAUGGUAGUUCUUGAAAUUCUGGGAACAAAAACAUCUGAUUCAGGUGUAUAUUCUUGCCGUGCUACAAACAAAUGGGGCCAGGCUGAAAUAAGUGUAAAAUUAGAAUGCGUUGACAAAAGCAAAGGUCAAAAGCCGAGGUUUACAACACAUAUUAAAAAUAUUGAGGGUCUUAAAGAUGGACAAUCAGCCCACUUUGAAUGUACGGUAGUCCCAGUUGAUGACCCUGAUAUGAAGGUUGAAUGGUAUCAUAAUGGUCAGCCUAUGCGCCAUUCUAACCGAAUUAAAACAAUAUCAGACUUUGGUUUCGUUGUCCUCGAUAUUGCAUACACGCAAAAUCAUGAUUCUGGUGAAUACGUUUGUAGGGCAUAUAAUAAGUAUGGAGAAGACUUUACUAAAGCAACUAUUAAUUGUUAUGGUAGAGGAGGCGUCUACUCUGAUAGCCUUCAGCCUGAAUCAUUAGCUAAAAUUAGGGAAAUGGAGAGUUUACAAGGAAUUCAGCAACAGGCCCCAGCCACAGCCUCAGCCGUGCCCCCUCAGUUCAUAACUCAAAUACAAGAUGUUACUAAAUUGGUUGAAGGCCAAAGCGCCCAUUUCGAGGCUAGACUUGUGCCCGUCGACGAUCCAGAUCUUAAAGUCGAAUGGUUCUAUAAUGGAAAAAAAUUGCCACAUGGCCACAGGUACAGAACCUUCCAUGACUUUGGUAUCGUUAUCCUCGAUAUACUAUAUUGUUAUGAAGAGAACUCUGGAGAGUAUGAGUGUGUUGCUACGAAUAAACUAGGUCGUGACUCAACAAAGGCGACGUUGAAAUGUACCUCGAAGGAAAAUUUGAUCUUGGACUCGCAGCUACCGCGGGGCAUGGAGGGUGGUUUAGAGAAAUUACAGACACUAGAAGAUUCUAUGAUACGAAGGAAAGACGUCGAAGUUACGGAGGCUCGAGGAAAAGCUCCUGUUUUUACCGUGCCAUUAUCAAAUAUUGAAACUCUAAGAGAAGGUGAAAAUUCUCACUUUGAGGCUCGUCUCACUCCAACUGAUGAUCCAAACCUUAAGGUUGAAUGGUAUUGGAAUGGCAAGUCAUUAAAGGCUGGUUCAAGAUUUAGAACAUUUUGCGAUUUUGGAUUUGUUAUACUUGAAAUUUCACCAACCUACCCUGAGGACUCUGGAGAAUAUAUGUGCAGAGCUCACAACAAUUAUGGUGAGGCUGUAACUACAGCUACAAUGAAGGUACAAGGAAAGCGAAAUAUAAUCUUAGACUCCCAAUUACCUAAGGGUAUGGAAGGAACAAUUGACAAAAUUGCUGCUCUCGAGGGCUAUUCUGGUACCGCGGAUAAUUUAAGCCCUGAAGUUGAAAGUGGAAGUCCGCCAGAAUUUGUCACUACUCCUUCUGAUCUUAUUUUAUCAGAAAAUUCUUCUGCACAUUUCGAAUGUCGUUUAGUCCCAGUCAACGACUCUAGCAUGAGAGUAGAGUGGUUCCACAAUGGAAAAGCGCUUUUAACUGGAUCAAGAGUUAAGACAAUUAACGACUUUGGAUUUGUUAUAUUGGAAAUAGGUGGAGUUUAUCAACGUGAUGCUGGCCUCUACACCUGCAAAGCCACAAAUCGGCAUGGUGAGGCUACAGUUUCAUGCAAAUUACAAGUCAAAGGAAGGCAAGGAAUCAUUCUUGAGCCACAACUGCCAAGUCAAUUUAAAACUGGUACAGAAAGCAUUCAAAGACUCGAAGAAACAUUGCAUAAGCGUGAAGAGAUAACCAUUGAAGAUGAAAAGCCUAACCCACCAAAAUUCAUCGUUGAUAUUAAGGAUAAUCUGGACGUAGUUGAGGGUGGACCUAUUCACUUUGACUGUAGAGUGGAACCUGUUGGUGAUCCAACUAUGAGAAUUGAUUGGUUCCAUAAUGGAAGACCAUUUGCAACUGGUUCUAGAGUUCAUAUGUUAAAUGAUUUUGGUUUUAUAGCUUUGGAUAUCGAUUAUAUUUAUACCCGUGAUGUGGGAGAAUAUACAUGCCGCGCCACGAAUAAGUGGGGUUCAGCUACCACAACUGCAAAGAUUACUUGUAGUACUAAACGCGAUAUUAUUUUGGAAUCACAGCUGCCUCAGGGUAUGAGUGGAGAGAAAAUUAAGGAACUCGAAAGGGGUCGAGUGAGUGAUGUUCCCAAAGAAGAUAAAUUAAUAAGCAGUCCUCCCAAAUUCAUUACUCAAAUACAAUCGCAUACUAUAGAAGAAUCGGAAUCAAUACGCUUCGAAUGUCGUGUAGAACCAAAAGAAGAUCCUAGGCUACGCAUUGAAUGGUAUAGGAAUGGUAAAUUGCUACCGUCUGGUCAUCGUUUCCGAACAGUAUAUGAUAUGGGAUUCGUUUCAUUAGAUAUACUGUAUGUAUACGCUGAAGAUUCUGGAGAGUACGUAUGUCGGGCGGUUAACGAGUUUGGAGAAGAUUUUACCAAGGCUACAGUAUCUUGCAAAAGUUUACCGGAUAUCAUUCUACAAAAUCAAGUACCAAAGGGAAUGAAGAAAUCAGAAGCCUUGACCCAAAUGGAGGCUACCAUCAAAAGAUAUAUGUCAGAGAGUUUCCUCACCGAAGAAGAUCUUUACGAUGCGGAUAAAAAACAGCCACCACGAUUUGUUACUCAGAUCCAAAGUCAAACAAAUCUUGUUGAGAUGCACAGCACUAAGUUUGAUUGUCAGUUGGCUCCAGUUGGCGACCCUAACAUGAAAGUCGAAUGGUUCUUCAAUGGAAAACCUUUAUUGCACAAGACACGGUUUACACCUAUAUACGAUUUUGGUUAUGUUGCUAUGAAUUUCGGCUGGGUUUAUCCCGAGGAUAGUGGAGAGUACCUUUGUCGGGCCACGAAUUUGUACGGCAUGGAUGAGACCAGAGCUGAGAUUAAGGCAACAGGAAAACCAGGAAUUGUAUAUGAUUCGCAAUUACCUAAACAUAUGAAGAGUAUUGAAAAGAUCAGAGAAAUGGAAGCAUCUUGGCAAGCGUUACCAGAUCAACCUUCAGAAGCAGUGAAAGACCGUGCUAAGCCAACAUUUAUGAGCUAUCCCGAACCAAUGACCGUGGAAGAAGGAGAAUGGGCAAGAUUCUGCUGUCGCGUUACAGGACAUCCUAAGCCUCGUGUCAUGUGGCUUAUCAACGGAAACACUAUUGUCAACGGCUCCAGAUAUAAAUUAACUUAUGAUGGAAUGUAUCACUUCGAUAUACCUAAAACUAGACAAUACGACACUGGAAAAAUCGAAGUAAUCGCUAGAAGUUCUGUUGGCGAGGCAUUAGCUACGACCGAAUUGAAAGUCAUUCCGAGACACGAUGAUUAUAGAAGCGUAUUGAAAAAUGCGCCAAGACCUUGGUACGAUGAAACCACACAAUAUCAGCGCUCUGAUACUGAAUUAGAAAAAACUUUUGAAGAGAGACAAACUGUGCAACGCAAGGGAGUUAUUGAUCACAGACCCGAGUUGAAAGCGAAGGUAAUUAAAGAGCCUGAAACAGAAUGGCAACACGCUGUAAAGAGGAAGAAGGGUGAAGACUAUUACAAUAAACUUCAAGAGCUUGAAAAUGAACAAAUUGUUAAGGAAAGUCGGCUUCGAGAGUCUUCACACCAGUAUGCUAUCCCUGGUGAAAAGGUUGCUAGCUCUUCCCUUGCAAAAAGUAUGGCGCAACAAUAUCAAGACAAUCUAGAACAAACGGAGGAAGUCAAUGAAAAACAAACUGUUCAUAAAAAAAUUCAGAAACCUAGACUUCCUGGCCCAUCCGAAUCAACUGUUCAUGGCAAGGAGGUUCAUGUAGCCAAGCAGAAGCAAAUACAAAAGGAAGUAGUCGGCGAUACUGAAAUCACUCGCAAAAUCACAUCCACUGAAACAACUGAGGUUGAACACAAAGCUCAAACACAGGAACGAGUUGUUGAGGGCCCAGUGAAGCCAAGCAUACCACCCGUAUUCACUAAAAAGAUGCAACCUUGUCGGGUAUUCGAACAUGAACAAGCAAGAUUUGAGGUCGAAUUUGAUGGUGAACCGUUACCAACAAUUAAAUGGUAUCGAGAGAACUUCCCAAUCAAUAACUCUCCUGAUUUCCAAAUACACACUUUUGGAACCAAAUCCAUAAUAAUAAUAAGACAAGUAUUUGUCGAAGAUUCCGCUGUAUUUGCUGCGGUGGCUGAGAAUAGGGGUGGAACUGCAAAAUGUAGUGCUAACUUAGUCGUAGAGGAACGUAGACGCCAAGGUAGAGGUGGAGCAGCGCCACCUAGCUUCACAUUGACGGCUCAAAGUGUUAAUGUUAUCGCUGGUCAGCUCGUAAGAUUAGACACUAAAGUAACAGGAACGAAACCAAUUGAUGUCUACUGGCUGAAAAAUGGUAAGAAAGUACAACCAGAUAUUAGAAAUAAGAUUCUUGAAGAAGACGGAACCUACACACUCCUUAUUCUUGAAGCAUAUCCACAAGAUUCUGGAAAAUAUGAGUGUGUUGCAAUUAAUAAUGCUGGUGAAGCCAGGUGUGAUGCUGAAUGUACUGUUACUGCUCCGGCUACUAAAGAAAAGCCAAAACAGCAUACUAAAGCUGCUAAUGCACCACCAGAAGUAAUUGAGCCGUUGAAAGAUCGUUCAGUUACUGAAGGACAAGCGAUUGAUUUUAGUUGCAAAAUAAUUGGUAAACCAACACCAACAGUGCAAUGGUACAAAGGCGAUAAAUUGAUAAAACGGUCAAAAUAUUUCCAAAUGUCCAGUUCUGCGGACGAUUAUACACUUCGUAUAUCUGAAGCUUUCCCAGAAGAUGAGGGUGACUAUCGCUGUGUUGCAUAUAAUUCUGCUGGCAGAGUUACAGUUGCUGCGAAACUUAAGGUGUUGCAGCCAGAUCAAGCUGAUAACUUACCCUCCUUAACUCAGCUGCGAGAUGUCGUUGUCUUCGAAGGCCAACCAGCACAGUUCAAGACUCAAAUCACGAGCAAAAUAACGCCAACAAUUCAAUGGUUACGAGAGGGUUGUCUUAUUCCAUCAACACCAGAUUUCCAAAUGAUCCAUGAGGGCAAUAAUGCAGUGUUGUUAAUUGGUAGCACUUACGAAGAGGACACCGGAGUGUACACGUGUCGUGCUACAACGGCCACCGGACAAGUGGAGACGUCUGCUAAACUUGUCGUCAAAAAGUCAUCUAAAUUAAAAAAGAAAACGAUACAUGAAGACAAAGUGGAAAUUGAAGAUUUAAAUUCCAAUGAAAUAAACAAAUCUGUACAUCGUGUAGAAUAUUCAACAUCCGAAGAUACAAAUAUUUUAAGAUUAAACAAUUCACAAGAUGUUCUUACACGGAAAAUGAGUAACGUCCCAUGGAGGAAAACAGGUUUGGAGCAAAACGUACAAACAAAAUAUGAACAAAAAUUAGAAACUAAAACAUGGCGAAAGAAUCGUGAGCAUCAAAGUACUUUUAAAGACAAAUAUUCAAAUUUUGAAGACCGUAACAUACUUCAAAUCGAUCAGGAUGAAUCUAUUUCAACAACUUUAAAAUGUAGAAAGGACCAUGAAAAUAUUCAAGAGGAUUUGUUUGAGGGUCGGAAUGAUAAAUUAGAAAGUCUGAAACAUAAACAAAGGAGAGAUUCAAUCGAUACAAAACGCAAAGAGGCAGUACCAUGGACUAAAGAAGCGAUAAAACUUAAACCUGCUAAAAUUGUAAAAGCUCCAAUUGCAAAAGAACAAAUAGAAGAUGUUAUUUUAAAACCUCUGAAAACAAUUGUUAUAGACGAAUGUUUUACAUCGGAAGAAGAUAUGGUUAUCCUGAAAAUAACGGAACAAAAAGAAAAUAAAGAAUCGCAACUAUCCAAUGAGACAAAGAGUCUUGUAGAUGAAACAAAGUCUCCGAGUGCUAAACCAGCUGAAGAAUUGGUUUUGAAGCCCAUACCUAAAUCGAAAAAAGCGCCAAAUGAAGACAAGCCUGAAGAAGUUCGAUUAAUGCCUAUAAAGAAGGAGUCACACGUUGAAGAGAUAAAAACAGAGGAAGUAACUUGGCGAAAAGGCCAAAGGAAACCCAAAGAGCAACAACCUGCUGAAGAAGUGGUUUUGAAGCCGAUACCAAAAUCCAUACAAGAGCUAAAAGAAGAAAAACCUGACGAAGUUAAAUUAAAACCUGUUAAGAAAGAGACAGAGGUUGAAGAGAUCAAAACAGAGGAAGUAACUUGGCGAAAAGGUCAAAGAAAACCUAAAGAGCAACAACCUUCUGAAGAAGUGGUUUUGAAGCCGAUACCAAAAUCCAUACAAGAGCCAAAGGAAGAGAAGCCUGAAGAAGUUAUAUUGAAACCUGUGAAGAAAGAGACAGAGGUUGAAGAGAUAAAUACAGAGGAAGUAACUUGGCGAAAAGGUCAAAGGAAACCCAAAGAGCAACAAACUGCUAAAGAAGUGGUUUUGAAGCCGAUACCCAAACCGAUACAAGAGCCAAAGGAAGACAAGCCUGAAGAAGUUCUAUUGAAACCUGUUAAGAAAGAGAUGGAGGUUGAAGAGAUAAAAACAGAGGAAGUGACUUGGCGAAAGGGUAAAAGGAAGCCCAAAGAAGAACAACCUCCCGAAGAAGUGGUUUUGAAGCCGAUACCCAAACCGAUACAAGAGCCAAAGGAAGACAAACCUGAAGAAGUAAUAUUAAAACCGGUGGAAAAAGAGACAGAGGUUGAAGAGAUAAAAACAGAGGAAGUAACUUGGCGAAAAGGUCAAAGGAAACCCAAAGAGCAACAACUUGCUGAAGAAGUGGUUUUGAAGCCGAUACCAAAAUCCAUACAAGAGCCAAAAGAAGAGAAGCCUGAAGAAGUUCUAUUGAAACCUGCAAAGAAAGAGACACAGGUUGAAGAAAUAAAAACAGAGGAAAUUACUUGGCGAAAGGGUAAAAGGAAGCCCAAGGAAGAAAAACCUGCUGAAGAAGUGGUUUUGAAGACGAUACCCAAACCGAUAGAAGAGACAAAGGAAGAGAAGCCUGAAGAAGUUCUAUUGAAACCUGUUAAGAAAGAGACGGAGGUUGAAGAGAUAAAAACAGAGGAAGUAACUUGGCGAAAGGGUAAAAGGAAGCCCAAGAAAGAACAACCUGCUGAAGAAGUGGUUUUGAAGCCGAUACCCAAACCGAAACAAGAGCCAAAAGAAGAGAAGCCUAAAGAAGUUCUAUUAAAACCUGCUGAGAUAAAGAAAGAUGUUGAAGAGGUUACAACAGAGGAAGUGAGUUGGCGAAAGGGUCAAAGAAAACCCAAAGAGCAACAACCUGCUGAAGAAGUGGUUUUGAAGCCGAUACCCAAACCGAUUCAAGAGCCAAAGGAAGAGAAGCCUGAAGAAGUUAUAUUGAAACCUGUGAAGAAAGAGACAGAGGUUGAAGAGAUAAAAACAGAGGAAGUAACUUGGCGAAAAGGCCAAAGGAAACCCAAAGAGCAACAACCUGCUGAAGAAGUGGUUUUGAAGCCGAUACCAAAAUCCAUACAAGAGCCAAAAGACGAGAAGCCUGAAGAAGUUAUAUUGAAACCUGCAAAGAAAGAAACACAGGUUGAAGAAAUAAAAACAGAGGAAAUUACGUGGCGAAAGGGUAAAAGGAAGCCCAAGGAAGAACAACCUGCUGAAAAAGUGGUUUUGAAGCCGAUACCCAAACCGAUAGAAGAGCCAAAGGAAGAGAAGCCUGAAGAAGUUCUAUUGAAACCUGUUAAGAAAGAGACGGAGGUUGAAAAGAUAAAAACAGAGGAAGUGACUUGGCGAAAGGGUAAAAGGAAGCCCAAAGAAGAACAACCUGCUGAAGAAGUGGUUUUGAAGCCGAUACCCAAAUCGAUACAAGAGCCAAAGGAAGACAAGCCUGAAGAAGUUCUAUUAAAACCUGCUGAGAUAAAGAAAGAUGUUGAAGAGGUUAAAACAGAGGGAGUGAGUUGGCACAAGGGUCAAAGAAAACCCAAAGAGCAACAACCUGCUGAAGAAGUGGUUUUGAAGCCAAUACCAAAAUCCAUACAAGAGCCAAAGGAAGAGAAGCCUGAAGAAGUUAUAUUGAAACCUGUGAAGAAAGAGACAGAGGUUGAAGAGAUAAAAACAGAGGAAGUAACUUGGCGAAAAGGUCAAAGGAAACCCAAAGAGCAACAACCUGCUGAAGAAGUGGUUUUGAAGCCGAUACCAAAAUCCAUACAAGAGCCAAAAGAAGAGAAGCCUGAAGAAGUUCUAUUGAAACCUGCAAAGAAAGAGACACAGGUUGAAGAAAUAAAAACAGAGGAAAUUACUUGGCGAAAGGGUAAAAGGAAGCCCAAGGAAGAACAACCUGCUGAAGAAGUGGUUUUGAAGCCGAUACCCAAACCGAAAGAAGAGCCAAUGGAAGAGAAGCCUGAAGAAGUUCUAUUGAAACCUGUUAAGAAAGAGACGGAGAUUGAAGAGAUAAAAACAGAGGAAAUAACUUGGCGAAAGGGUAAAAGGAAGCCCAAGGAAGAACAACCUGCUGAAGAAGUGGUUUUGAAGCCGAUACCCAAACCGAUAGAAGAGCCAAAGGAAGAAAAGCCUGAAGAAGUUCUAUUGAAACCCGCAAAGAAAGAGACACAGGUUGAAGAAAUAAAAACAGAGGAAAUUACUUGGCAAAAGGGUAAAAAGAAACCAAAAGAAGAGCAACCUACUGAAGAAGUGGUUUUGAAGCCAAUACCCAAACCGAAACAAGAGCCAAAGGAAGAUAAGGCUGAAGAAGUUAUAUUGAAACCUGCACAGAAAGAAACACAGGUUGAAGAAAUAAAAACAGAGGAAAUUACUUGGCGAAAGGGUAAAAGGAAGCCCAAGGAAGAACAACCUGCUGAAGAAGUGGUUUUGAAGCCGAUACCCAAACCGAUACAAGAGCUAAAAGAAGAGAAGCCUGAAGAAGUUCUAUUGAAACCUGUUAAGAAAGAGACGGAGGUUGAAGAGAUAAAAACAGAGGAAGUCACUUGGCGAAAGGGUAAAAGGAAGCCCAAGGAAGAACAACCUGCUGAAGAAGUGGUUUUGAAGCCGAUACCCAAACCGAAACAAGAGCCAAAGGAAGAUAAGCCUGAAGAAGUUAUAUUGAAACCUGCACAGAAAGAAACACAGGUUGAAGAAAUAAAAACAGAGGAAAUUACUUGGCGAAAGGGUAAAAGGAAGCCCAAGGAAGAACAACCUGGUGAAGAAGUGGUUUUGAAGCCGAUACCCAAACCUAUAGAAGAGCCAAAGGAAGAAAAGCCUGAAGAAGUUCUAUUAAAACCCGCAAAGAAAGAGACACAGGUUGAAGAAACAAAAACAGAGGAAAUUACUUGGCAAAAGGGUAAAAGGAAGCCCAAAGAAGAGCAACCUGCUGAAGAAGUGGUUUUGAAGCCGAUACCCAAACCGAAACAAGAGCCAAAGGAAGAUAAGCCUGAAGAAGUUAUAUUGAAACCUGUUAAGAAAGAGACAGAGGUUGAAGAGAUAAAAACAGAGGAAAUUACUUGGCAAAAGGGUAAAAGGAAACCAAAAGAAGAGCAACCUGCUGAAGAAGUGGUUUUGAAGCCAAUACCCAAACCGAAACAAGAGCCAAAGGAAGAUAAGCCUGAAGAAGUUAUAUUGAAACCUGCACAGAAAGAAAAACAGGUUGAAGAAAUAAAAACAGAGGAAAUUACUUGGCGAAAGGGUAAAAGGAAGCCCAAGGAAGAACAACCUGCUGAAGAAGUGGUUUUGAAGCCGAUACCCAAACCGAUAGAAGAGCCAAAGGAAGAGAAGCCUGAAGAAGUUCUAUUGAAACCUGUUAAGAAAGAGACGGAGGUUGAAGAGAUAAAAACAGAGGAAGUCACUUGGCGCAAGGGUAAAAGGAAGCCCAAGGAAGAACAACCUGCUGAAGAAGUGGUCUUGAAGCCGAUACCCAAACCCAUAGAAGAGCCAAAGGAAGAGAAGCCUGAAGAAGUUCUAUUGAAACCUGUUAAGAAAGAGACGGAGGAUGAAGAGAUUAAAACAGAGGAAGUAACUUGGCGAAAGGGUAAAAGGAAGCCCAAAGAAGAGCAACCUGCUGAAGAAGUGGUUUUGAAGCCGAUACAAGAGCCAAAGGAAGAGAAGCCUGAAGAAGUUCUAUUGAAACCUGCAAAGAAAGAGACACAGAUUGAAGAAAUAAAAACAGAGGAAAAGAAAUCAACUCAUGAAAGUAAAGAAUUUGGGCCAAUAAUAAUCCUACCUAUUCAAGCAGCUAUUGUAAAAGAAAACGAUGAUUUCCAACUUUUAGUAAAGUUUAAUGAUGUAAAUAUUACUAAAGUGGUGUGGUACUGCAAUAAUAACGUACUGGAAGAUAAUGAUGACUGCUGCAUUACUACAGAAAACGGAACUUCCAUUAUAAGAAUUAAUAGGGUUAAUAAAAAGAAAAUAGGCAAAUAUGAAGUCGUUAUCGAAAAGGAUGGUAUCAUUGCCAAAUCUGCUUGUUCUGUUAAAAUGAAAAAGUCCUUAGAUACCGAAGAUAUCAUUCCACCAAUUUUUCUUCGACCUUUAAAUCCCAAGAGGGUUAUUUUAGGUGACAUAGUCCUCAUAGAAACGGAAGUAAUCUCAAUGCCUUGCGCCUCGUUCCAGUGGUUUUUAGGUAAUAAGGAAGUCACAAGUUACAUCAAGGAAAAUAGAUUGCAAGGCAAAAUAUAUAUAACAAGUGGAGAAAACGUUUCAUGUCUCUGUAUAGAAAAUAUAACUUCUGAUAUGACAGGUAUAAUAACAUGCAGAGCAGAAAAUUUCGCUGGAUCUGUAUCAACUUCAUCUUCCCUUCUCGUUGAGGAUUAUACAGAGACUGAAUUUGGAAAAGCUCCUGUAUUCAUUAGUCCUUUGAAAUCGACUACAGUCAUGGAUGGUGAUCCCAUUUUACUUAAGUGUAUUGUUAUUGGUGAACCUUGGCCAAAAAUCAGUUGGUUCCAAAACGAAACGCCUAUUACAGUGGCUCGAGAUAUUACUAUAGGCCGCCAGGAAUCAGGAUUGUGUGAACUAUCCAUAAAAGAAGCAUUUCCAGAAAUGUCUGGGACUUAUCGUUGCAUUGCUUCCAAUUCAUUUGGCCAGAAUAUAAGUGAAUGCGUUGUCGAUGUGGAAGCAUAUGAGUAUGUACCGAGUGCAUCUGAAGAGGAAGUGAGUGAUGAGAGAACUAGUGAUAUUGAAGAGUUUGCUCCAAGAAUUGUUAAAGCUCUCCCUAUUGUUGUUAAAACACAUGAGGGAGAAUUGACAAGGCUUGAAGCUAGAGCUAUAGGUAUGCCAAAACCUCAAGUAAGAUGGUUAAAACAAGGGUUGGAGAUAAAAAAAUCUCAAGAAUAUCAAGUAGAAGAAAUGGAAGAUGGCACUUCCAUAUUAAUUAUAUCCGAAGUCUACGAAGAUGACACAGGCGACAUAACAUUUGAGGCUCACAAUCCGUUAGGUGUCACCACAACGAUUGCCGCUUUGUCUGUCGAGAGUUUAGUUGGGACGAAAACAUAUCGAAAACCAGAGUGGGUGACGCACAUGGAAGAUAUGGAGGAAACUUUUAAAGCUAUGCAUUCAGUACCAACGUUUAUUCAGAAUAUUCAACCUCAACAUGUUCAGGAAGGAGACAGUGUUACACUUGAGGCAGUUUUUAGUGGUUCCCCUAAACCAGAAAUCAUUUGGUACAAAGACGAAAAAGCUAUAAAAAGUAACAGAAACUUAGAAAUAGUAACGCAUGAAAAUAAAACAAUUUGCAAGAUAGCCAAAGUAAAUAAAUCACAGGAAGGAACUUACACGUGUAAAGCGGUUAGUGAUGUAGGCACGGCCGUUACCAAAGCACAAUUGCAGGUAUAUAAAGGAAUUGAACACAUUGAAAAAACUAAAACAAAGAAAGCUAAAUCUGUUAAAGUUGAAGAAUAUCGUGCACAGAAUGCCUCUGAGAAUAUCGAAGAUAUUUCUAGUUCAAUAAUAAAGUCUGAAAAUAUGGUAAUAGAAAGUACUGAAGAAUUACAACAAGUUCUUGAAAUGAAGAAUACGGCUAAGGUUGUUCUUACUGAAGCAAGACAUGUUGAAACAAUUGAUAUCUCUACACUUAAAAAAACUGAUUCGAAGGAGAAGCCAAUAGAGAAAGAAAAUUUUGAAAAAAUUGAACCCGUUUUAACUCCCAAUGAACAUAUAAUUUCAUCGCAACAAUUGAGUGAUGAAGUAGCACAAACACUGGAAAAGUUAUCUUAUGACCUAGAAAAGGGGGUCUCUACACAAGAAGUCAAUUCACGAAUGGUUGCUGAAAUAAAUGAGUUACUAGAAGUAAUAAAUGCAAAAGAAUUUGGCCCAGGUGAAUCUCCGUUACGGGAACUUGCUACAAUUGGAUACAUGUUAAGGAAUGGCGUUACUGUUGAUGUUAUAGAAAGCUUGUAUGACUCUCAGCGUUUCCCAUCUUUGCGCAUGCCACAGUCACAAUCCGCACUGGUGCAGUUAGUUGAAAGGCAGGGUCACGGAGCGCUUAUAACAGAAGUACUUACUGAGGAGUCCGCAGACAGUGAAGACAUUAUAGCAGCGAAAGUGGGAUUUAAAGCUUUUAUGAAGAUGGUUGAAUUGAAACAUACCUCUGUGGAAGAAAUUAUAGCUCAUUUAUAUCCUGAAGACUUCACUCCCCGAUCCUGGGAAAAGAAAGAGGCUACUGAGGUCAUCGUUGAGUCUUCAAUAAAAGAACAUGCUAAAACUCACACAUCGCUAGCUAAACAAGAUGAUUUAACGGAACUCGAGCAGAAUAUAGUUCAAGAUAUUAAUGAGAUCAAACAAGUAAAACGCAAAAAGCACACAAAACAAAUAAAAACAUCUGAAAGUAUCGAAGAAGAAUCAAGUGCCAUAUUAUUGAAACCAACACAAACAACACACUUACAAGAAGAACUGGGAUUAAACACACUGGAUAUACAACCUUUUCCUUUUAUCAAAUCUUUACCAACUGAUUUUCACAAAAACAAUAUAGAAGUUAUUUCCUCUAGUGAAGUUUCAAGUAUAACACCAGAUAAACCUAAAAGCAAUGUGCAAGCUCAUACCAAAGUAGAUGCAAAUCUACCGUUAGUAAGCAAUUUACAACAAAUUCAAGAAAGUGAAGAAGCUUUACACAUUGUUGAAAAUCGAAAAGCCUUCGGUAAAUCAACUGUAAUCGAAUCAGAACACUUGCAAACAUCACAUGUGGACGUUAACGAUUUCAUUGAAGAAUAUUCAGAUGAAAAGUUUAAUACUGAAAACCUUACAGACAGUUAUAUUGUUCCUUUGGAGAGUCUUAAAACUGAGGAAACAGUACCCCAAAGUUCAGUGAGUACGAUUGAUACAUGUCAAAUUCAUAGAGAUAGUGCAAAAGCGGUCUCCGCAAAAUCAAUAAACUUAAGAGACGCCAUCAAUGUAUCUCAAGAAUUUGUACCAUUCAAAGAGAGUUCCUUUGAAAGCACCACAUCAAAACAUUCUGUUGCAGCUGUCUCUAUUGCACCAUUGACAGGCAUUACUACAAUAGAAGAAAUCAAGCCCGAAAUAAAAGAGCAUGAAUUAAUACAGCAUACAUUGGACAAAGCUGUUAUUCCAAAAUCCAAUUUCAAUUUACUGGAACCUAUUGUAGUUGGUGAAGUGUAUAUUGAGGAUAAAUCAGGAAAAUAUUAUCCAGAACUAAUAGUGCCUACAGAAAUGGCUAGUGCAGGUGUCACAGUUUCUAAUCAGAUAUUCACGGAAAUCCACAGUGUACAAGAAAAAGAAGGUUCAAUUGAUGAUUUUAAGCCACCUGGUACACAAGAAGCUGAAUUGAAACUAACACCUAAUGAUGGUGUAGUAGUAUCUAUUAAUACUUUGCACGACAAAGAAGGUAUACUCCCACAACACGAAACACCAAAAAAAGCUCAGGUAGAAGAAGAAUUUUCGACACAUGCAAGUCUUAGCAAUACAAUAACAACAUCACAUAUGAAGGAAAUGGAACUGCAACCAAUAGAUUACAUAGCAAAAUUUGCAAAUAUAAAUUAUAAUGAACACCAACACAAAACUAGCGAGGAAAUUCAUACACAUGAGUCUGAAAAAGUAUAUGACGAAGAUAGAAUAGUUGAUAGGAAUUUUGCAGAUGUAAAUAUAGCUGUUUUGCAUAAAAACAUUACAGAAGAAAUUCAAAUACACGAAAGCACGGAUAAAAUGCCUGUUAAAGAAGAUAAGCAACCUAUUAAAGCUAAUGUAGAUAUAAAGGAAGCUGAUUCAAUCAUUACAUCAGAAGUGGUCGAAAUGUCUACAAUGACAGAACUAAAAUUAGAAGAAAAGGAAAUAAAUGAAAAAGCAAAAGAAACAAUUACAACACAAAAUGCAAAAACAGUUAGUGCCCCUUUUGUGCAUGACCAAGAGUCAUUGGAGAUAUAUGAUUCCAGAAAAUCUGAAAAUGUGGGUAUAUCUAUGGUACCUGAAAAAUCUAUAUCAGUUUUGGAAACAGAAUCGUCGUAUUCUACUGCUAACCUACCAUCAAUGAAAAAGCCGAUCAGUCUCAAAGCGCAGGAAGCCCCUAGCCAUCUACUUAAAUCACCCCUAUCAGAAAUAAUUACAGCUGCAGAUCAAAUAAAUGAACUUAUAAAAACCGAGCAAAGUAGGGAUGUAGCGACUGAACAGAGAGAUCUAUGUGAGCAAAUAUCUGUUUCACAAAUAACAAUUAACGAGCAAGUUAACGAGUUGAAUAAAUUUGAUUUUACUAGGAAUAAUGCAAAAACUAGUAUUAUUCAAAAAGAAGGUGUGGGUGUCUUUGAAGUUGUUCCUAAUAGUAGUGAGUCUUUACUUCCUGAGGAUAAGAUUGUAAAAGAUACAUGUGCAAAUAUUGAUAUUGACGUAUCUCAUAAAAUACCUGUCACUUUAGAAAUAAGUCCACGUGAAACUGUAGAUUUAUUAAGUGUACAUCGACCUGAUACAAAGGAAGCAAAAAUUCAAUCUACCACUUUAUCAUCUUUAGUUGUGUCCGAAACUAAAUCCUUAGAUAGUCAAAGUAUCUUACAACAAUUUGAAGGUCCUAAUGCAAAAUCUAUUAAUUCGGAACUUAUUCCACUUGGAGAUAUUGUUAAUAUUACAGAAACUUUAUGUUCUGAAAAGGAAGGUAAACUUUUGAAAGGUGACGCCCCUGAACUUUACGAAGCUUUACAAAAUGUCAUUACUCUACCUGUUGCAAUGGCUACCGAGUAUGUUGUUGAUUCGAGUGUAGGCUAUACGCAAAAUACUGAUGAUGCUUCUCAAUAUAAAAAAGCAAAAGUAGAAAAUCUGUUGCAUAAAGAGGUUGUUGUAAAUACUAUUAAUUAUAAUGAAAUAGAAAGUCCUUUGGAAAAUAAGAAGCCUAACAAGCAAAUAGCAUCUCAAAAUAUAACGGAAUUACAGGGAAUAGUAGUGGAAGAAAAUAAGGCAGAAAUAACUCCUUCAGAGUUAAGUACUAACGUCACAUCAGAAGCCAAAGCAUAUCUUCAAUCAAUACCUAAUAAAGUAAUGGUACAACAAGAAACGUUUAUCAAUAUACACGAGGGGAUAUUAAAAAAUGACGAUAAAAUAUGUUUACAAAAUCCAAUAGUUUCUGUAAGUGCACUAGGCGCUCCAAAAUACGAUGAACCCAUGAUGAUAGAAAAAGAAGCUGAUAUGCCUGUUGAAAUAAUGCCAGACUACCAUAGCGCUUAUAUUUCUCUUGAUCACCACCACAGCAUUGAAACAUCAGAAGUGUUAUCACAAUCCCAUAAUUUACAACGAUUUGAUGACUUUGCAGUAUCUCUAAAAAUGGCGGAAACAAGAUUGGAGGAAAAUUAUGGAAAAACAGUUAGCACAAAAGAGAUUAUAACCAACGAAUUUCCACAGACUAUUCUUAAGGAUAUCAAUCAAGAACAAAAACCCACAGUGACACCAAUUACAAUAUAUCCGUUAAAAAAUACAGAAACUGUGGCUGCCGAAACUGAACUUGACUUAUCUUAUGAUAAAGUAACUGCGACAACAAAUAUUAUUCCACAAAUGUCUGAGCAUCAAGCUUUAAUGACGGAUACGGUGCACAUUGUUGAAAAAGAGGAACAAAUAGAAAUAACAUCAGACAAACAUCCCAGUCGAAAUGCUAAAAUUGGAAUCCUUCCAUUUAUGGGAACACUUAAUACAGAAGUAGUUCUUACCGAUGAUUUAUCCAACUUGCAUAAUAAAAAAGAGCCAAUUGGAACGGCUACAAUAUCACAAGACACGUAUCAGCGACACGUGCAAGGCGUUGAAAUACAAACAGGUGAAAAGGAAUCACCUUUUAUAACUGUAAAACACUCAAAACAAGAAGCAAAACCUUCGUUAAUGGAAUCUGUAGCAAAACAAAUACAAGAAGUUCAAAUAAAUGAAAGCGAUAAAUCGCUACCUAACAUAGUGUUGAAAACGGAUAAAAAUGUGGCUACUAUUUCUAUUAAUGAACAACAAUCAUUGCAAAAUACAGAAAUUAUUAUGCAAGAUAAUAGCGAAUCAUUGGUAGUAAUUGACAUGACAUACAAUAAAGCUAAACCUAUUCAUGAGCUUAAUGAAAGUAUACAGAAGAUGGAGCCAUAUGUAAUCGAGUCUGAAAAUGAUUUUGAUGUCAGCCUUAAACCGAAGCCUAAUUAUACAACAAGUGAAAUUGAGUUACAUAAAUCCUUAAAUAUAACAGAAAUAUUCCCAUCAGGGUUUGAUUCUCCACUAUUAAAUAAUGAAAACGAAUUUCAAAAACAUGUUGCUAUUUCAGAGAUUCUUAGUCAGUCGGAGUUGAAUACGAAUGAAAUAGUUGUGCAAGAAAGAGAGGAAGAUUUUAAUGUAGAAUAUAAUGCUAAAAGAAACUUUGCAGAAUUGAAUUUGCAAUCGUCGGAAAGUUUGAAUGUAAUGGAAGAUGUAUUAGGUGAAAAAGAAAAUACCAUUUAUGUUAAAAAAUUACCAUAUGGUGUAUUGAAUUCCGUGACUUUUGAUACUCAUCAGCAUAUUAACAUUGACGUUCAUGAACCAUCUGAAUCCGAGAAAUCAAUGAUGAAACCGGUAGCUGUAAAAGAAGAGAAAGGUAAUUUUAUUUUAGAGGUCUCUAAGCCAUUGGCAAUCACUAAAACGGAAUCUGAAGAAGUUUAUGAAAAACUGAAACCUGAAUUGACUAAAACUAAUACUGCGUCUUACAAAAUUGACUUAAAGGAUUACAUCAAUAUCGGAGAAAUUACACCCUUAGAAGACGGUAGAAGUUUCAAACAAGAUAUUAGUGAAAAGCCUCAAGUAAGUUGUUUAAAUAUAGAACCCGUAAAACCACUUUCAGUCACAGAAGUGGCAUCAUUAGAACAGGAAAAUCUUAUGGAAAAUAAGCUUGAUCAUCCAAGACAUAAAGGUGUUCCUAUUUUCGAAAUAUCUUGCCCAGUUGAAGUAAAAGAAGUACUCACAAAAGAAAGAGAGGAAGAUUUAGCGGAAUCUUUUUAUCAACCCAAAGAUGCAAAACCAGAGUAUGAUUAUGAAUCACAACGUCAUAUUAUUGUGUCUGAUACUUUCCCACAAGAAAAGGAAGAGAAUUUAGAACAUUUUACUGCGAUGUACAAAAAACCCCAGAAAAGCGAUAUUUUAACAUCAAAACACAUUACAGUCUCGCAAAGUAUACCCAUGGAGAGUGACAAUGUUCUUAACAUUGUCACUUCAACAGAAAAUAUGACUAACGAGAAAACUGCUAACGAGUCACAAGUCCUGUUAGAAGAACUGCACAAUGAAGAAAUAAACGUGAUAGAUAAUGUGAACUUCACGAAUCAAUUAUGUCAGCCUGAUGUUGAAAGAUUGAAAAAUAAUAUUACUGGAUUAAAUACUGCUCAAAAAACAGAAAUGUUUCUUCAAGAACAAACUGACAUCUUACUAGAGCUAGUUUCUAAAGGAUUUAAAGCUACACCAACAAAAUCUGCCGAGAAUGGAAUUCUCGAGACGCAGUUAUCACAAGUUAUGGAAUCUACUAAAAACAUUAUUACUGCUCCUUCACCAGUUCCUAAUAAAGUGUUAAUAGACGUCGAAGCCCAUAAAAUAAUUUCAGUUGAGGAAAAGGCAAUUCACGAAAUACCUGAAAGUAUAUUAACUGAACCAUUUAACUUGUCAAGUGCAGGUGAGUCUGUUUUUGAAUUAUUACCAAUUCAACAAUCGGAGGUUUUAUCUUUAGAUGAAAUUGGAAAAUUUGAAGGCUUGGAUACAGUUAAAGAACAAAAAGCAAAUAAAAGUCUCGUAAGUUUACAAAGUAUUGAAAGGACAGAACUCGAACCUCUUGACAGCACCAGUAGCUUAAUAAACGCUUUGAAUCCAACAUUAAGUAAAGCUUUAGUUGAUUUAGAAACCCAGACUAGCUACAUUACUACAGAAAAUUCAUGUGAGGAAACUCCAGUAGAAGCUAAAUUCGAUAAUUCAAAGCCCACAAAAAUUACUGAGCAAAUAUUAGAACUGAAAUCGUUACAACAAACUGAAAUUAUAACAAACGAACAAAUUACUGAAGGGGAAGAAGUAGCGCCAAGAGAAAAAAUAACAGCUCAAGUAAGGCCAAUUGAAUUGGAAUCCAUCAAGCAACUAGAUAUGACGGUACACGAAAGUGAAGUUAAUACGAAUUUCGAUAAGCCCGUUGUUACAGAUAAUGUUUCUGUAACUUUUUCAAUGGUGGAAGGUAUUAAUGUUUUCGAAAUAAAUCAGGAAAGUAUUCCAACGGAUAUUGAAAAAAUUGACAAUAGCCAAGAGAAAGCCCAUAAAACUCUUACACCAUUUUUACACUUACAAUGUACAGAAAAUAUUUUAACAUCAGAAGUUGAAGACUUAGAACUUCAACAAGCGCAAUUAAAAAGCUCUGCGACAAAAACAACGGCACUAUUGUCAUCUUUGAUAAUAUCUGAUAACGUACCUUUGCAAAAUGAGUCACUAUUAAUUUCCCCCACUAUCCCGGAAAAAAAGAAGGCUGAACAACAAAUUACAGGUACUCAUGUUCUAGAGAUAAGUAAAGAAUUUAUAAAUGAAGAGGCAGUCAUACAUCAAUCAGAUUCAACGAAUUUCCAUCAAGCUCGUUUUAGCAUUACGAAUCAAAAUGAAAAUUUUGCAACGAUAUCGAAGCCCCAUGUUGACUUGAUGGAUUCUGAAAGGAUGAUGUCGCCGAAGUUGAGUGAUGUUGAAGAAUGUGAAGAGAUAAUAUCAAAAUUUAUACGAGCACCUGGCCAAAAUGAACCGAUACAAAUACGAACAAAAAGAACAAUUCUACGAAAGAAGAAGCGAAGUAAUACUGAAUAUGAUGGCGAUGUGGUCAUUGAAGAAACCUUGGAUGAUGAAAAUAUCAACAAGCCCUUUGAAAAGCCUAAAAAUGACUUAAAUAUAGAAGAAUAUGAUGGAGAUGAUAUAACAAGUAUUUUAAGUACAGAUAGAAGCACAAUCGAAAUGCCGGAAGAAAUUUAUCAAAUACCAGAGAUGGCAUCUAAGGUUGAAAUACAAGAAGUCAUUGACGAUACAAGUAAAAUUAAAAUAAACAAAAUAAAUAAAGACUUCAAAAAACGUGAAGUUUCACUAAAAGAAAUUGAAAUGACUUGUAAUAAAAAUAAAACUAAACACAUCUCGACAUCCGACACAGCUCAGACCAUUGAACACGAAAUUGAACAAACAAAAGACGAAACAAUCACUCCAUUAGAGGAGACACCUCGGCUGGACAUAGCAGUUGUUGUUGAAGACACACCAGAAACAGUCAAAAUAACGGAGACAAAAACAGGAACUGGUGGGAUUAGUAAGACAAAAACAACAAAACGCAAAGUCAGAAGAAAAGAUGGCGUCGUCCAGGAGGUCACAGAGGUGGAGGUAACAGAAGGCCCACAAGAAGACUUCGAAAUAACUGAGGAACCAGUUGUUGAAGAAAUUCUUAAAACACCCGAAGGUAAGGUCAUUACUAAGACUGUCAAAAAGCGCACAAAGAAAACUAAACAUAUUACCUCGACACCUGACACUACUGAUACUACUGUACAUGAAAUUGAACAAAUAAAAGACGAAAGAACCACCCCAAUAGAGGAGACACCUCAGCUCGACUUUGCAGACGAUGUUGUAGACACGCCAGAAACAAUCGAAAUCACGGAGACAAAAACAGAAACUGGUGAUAUUCGUAAGACUAUAACAACAAAACGCAAAGUCAGAAGAAAAGAUGGCGUCGUCCAGGAGGUCACAGAGGUGGAAGUAAUAGAAGGCCCACAAGAAGACGACGAAAGAACUGAGGAACCAGUCGUUGACGAAAUAAAUAAAACACCCGAAGGUCAGGUCAUCACUACGACUGUCAAAAAAUGCACAAAGAAAACUAAACAAAUCUCGACAACUGACAUCACUGAUACAAAUGUACAUAAAAUUGAACAAAUAAAAGACGAAACAACCACCCCAUUAGAGGAGACACCUCGGCUGGACUUUUCAGACGUUGUUGAAGACAAAGGCCCACAAGAAGACGUCGAAAUAACUGAGGAACCAGUUGUUGAAGAAAUCGUUGAAACACCCGAAGGUAAGGUCAUUGCUAAGACUGUCAAAAAGCGCACAAAGAAAACAAUACAUAUCUCGACACCUGACACCACUGAUACUACUGUACAUGAAAUUGAACAAAUAAAAGACGAAACAACCACCCCAUUAGACGAGACACCUCGGCUGGACUUUUCAGACGUUGUUGAAGACAAAAGCCCACAAGAAGACGUCGAAAUAACUGAGGAACCAGUUGUUGAAGAAAUCGUUGAAACACCCGAAGGUAAGGUCAUUACUAAUAAUGUCAAAAAGCGCACAAAGAAAACUAAACAUAUUAUCUCGCGCUCUGACACCACUGAUACUACUGUACAUAAUAUUGAACAAAUAAAAGACGAAACAACCACCCCAUUAGAGGAGACACAUCGGCUGGACUUUUCAGACGUUGUUGAAGACACGCCAGAAACAGUGGAAGUCACGGAGACAAAAACAGAAACUGGUGGGAUUCGAAAGACAAAAACAAGAAAACGCAAGAUCAAAGGAAAAGAUGGCGUCGUCCAGGAGAUCACUGAGGUGGAGGUAACAGAAGGCCCACAAGACGUUGUCGAAAUAACUGCAGAACCAGUUGUUGAAGAAAUCGUUGAAACACCCGAAGGUAAGGUCAUAACAAAGACUGUCAAAAAGCGCACAAAGAAAACUAAACAUGUCUCGACACCUGACACGGCUGAAAGUACCGUACAUGAAAUUGAACAAAUAAAAGACUUAACAAUCACCCCAUUAGAAGAGACAACUCAGCUGGACAUUGCAGACGUUUUUGAAGACACGCCAGAAACAGUCGAAAUCACGGAGACAAAAACAGAAACUGGUGAGAUUCGACAGACAAAAACAACAAAACGCAAAGUCAGAAGAAAAGAUGGCGUUGUCCAGGAGAUCACUGAGGUGGAGGUAACACAAGGCCCACAAGACGUUGUCGAGAUAACUGAGGAACCAGUUGUUGAAGAAAUCGUUGAAACACCCGAAGGUAAGGUCAUAACAAAGACUGUCAAAAAGCGCACAAAGAAAACUAAACAUGUCUCGACACCUGACACGGCUGAAAAUACCGUACAUGAAAUUGAACAAAUAAAAGACGAAACAACCACCCCAUUAGAAGAGACACCUCAGCUGGAUAUUGCAGACGUUGUUGAAGACACGCCAGAAACAGUGGAAGUCACGGAGACAAAAACAGAAACUGGUGAGAUUCGAAAGACAAAAACAACAAAACGCAAGGUCAAAGGAAAAGAUGGCGUCGUCCAGGAGGUCACAGAGGUGGAGGUAACAGAAGGCCCACAAGACUUUGUCGAAACAUCUGAGGAACCAGUUAUUGAAGAAAUCGUUGAAACACCCGAAGGUAAGAUCAUCACUACAACCGUCAAAAAGCGCACUAAGAAAACUAAAUCUAUUACGACACCUGACACGACUGACACUACUGUGCAUGAAAUUGAAUCAAUAAAAGACGAAACAACCACCCCAUUAGAAGAGACACCUCAGCUGGACAUUGAAGACGUUGUUGAAGACACGCCUGAAACAGUGGAAGUCACGGAGACAAAAACAGAAACUGGUGAGAUUCGAAAGACAAAAACAACAAAACGCAAGGUCAAAGGAAAAGAUGGCGUCGUCCAGGAGGUCACAGAGGUUGAAGUUACAGAAAGCCCACAUGACUUUGUCGAAACAUCUGAGGAACCAGUUAUUGAAGAAAUCGUUGAAACACCCGAAGGUAAGAUCAUCACUACAACCGUCAAAAAGCGCACUAAGAAAACUAAAUCUAUUACAACACCUGACACGACUGACACUUUUGUACAUGAAACUAAACCAAUAAAAGACGAAACAACCACCCCAUUAGAAGAGACACCUCAGCUGGACAUUGCAGACGUUGUUGAAGACACGCCAGAAAGAGUGGAAGUCACGGAGACAAAAACAGAAACUGGUGAGAUUCGAAAGACAAAAACUACAAAACGCAAGGUCAAAGGAAAAGAUGGCGUCGUCCAGGAGGUCACAAAGGUGGAGGUAACAGAGGGCCCACAAGACAUUGUUGAAACAUCGGUGGAACCAGUUGUUGAAGAAAUCGUUGAAACACCCGAAGGUAAGAUCAUCACUACAACCGUCAAAAAGCGCACUAAGAAAACUAAAUCUAUUACGACACCUGACACGACUGACACUUUUGUACAUGAAAUUGAACCAAUAAAAGACGAAACAACCACCCCAUUAGAAGAGACACCUCAGCUGGACAUUGCAGACGUUGUUGAAGACACACCAGAAACUGUCGAAAUCACGGAGACAAAAACAGAAACUGGUGAGAUUCGAAAGACAAAAACAACAAAACGCAAGGUCAAAGGAAAAGAUGGCGUCGUCCAGGAGGUCACAGAGGUGGAGGUAACAGAAGGCCCACAAGACUUUGUCGAAACAUCUGAGGAACCAGUUAUUGAAGAAAUCGUUGAAACACCCGAAGGUAAGAUCAUCACUACAACCGUCAAAAAGCGCACUAAGAAAACUAAAUCUAUUACGACACCUGACACGACUGACACUACUGUGCAUGAAAUUGAACCAAUAAAAGACGAAACAACCACCCCAUUAGAAGAUACACCUCAGCUGGACAUUGCAGACGUUGUUGAAGACACGCCAGAAACCGUCGAAAUCAAGGAGACAAAAACAGAAACUGGUGAGAUUCAAAAGACAAAAACAACAAAACGCAAGGUCAAAGGAAAAGAUGGCGUCGUCCAGGAGCUCACAGAGGUGGAGGUAACAGAAGGCCCACAAGAAGACGUUGAAAUAACUGAGGAACCAGUUGUUGAAGAAAUUGUUGAGACACCUGAAAGUAAGAUCAUCACUAAAACUCUCAAAAAGCGCACUAAGAAAACUAAAUCUAUCACUACACCUGACACGACUGACACUACUGUGCAUGAAAUUGAACCAAUAAAAGACGAAACAACCACCCCAUUAGAAGAGACACCUCAGCUGGACAUUGCAGACGUUGUUGAAGACACGCCUGAAACAGUGGAAGUCACGGAGACAAAAACAGAAACUGGUGAGAUUCGAAAGACAAAAACAACAAAACGCAAGGUCAAAGGAAAAGAUGGCGUUGUCCAAGAGGUCACAGAGGUGGAGGUAACAGAAGGUCCACAAGAAGACGUUGAAAUAACUGAGGAACCAGUUGUUGAAGAAAUUGUUGAGACACCCGAAGGUAAGAUCAUCACAAAAACUGUCAAAAAACGCACUAAGAAAACUAAACAUAUCUCGACACCUGACACCACUGGCACUACUGUAUAUGAAAUUGAACCAAUAAAAGACGAAACAACCACCCCAUUAGAGGAAAAACCUCAGCUGGACUUUGCCGACAUUGUUGAAGACACGCCUGAAACAGUGGAAGUCACGGAGACAAAAACAGAAACUGGUGAGAUUCGAAAGACAAAAACAACAAAACGCAAGGUCAAAGGAAAAGAUGGCGUCGUCCAGGAGGUCACAGAGGUGGAGGUAACAGAAGGCCCACAAGGCAUUGUCGAAAUAACUGAGGAACCAGUUGUUGAAGAAAUCGUUGAAACACCCGAAGGUAAGAUCAUCACUAAAACUGUCAAAAAGCGCACUAAGAAAACUAAAUCUAUCACUACACCUGACACGACUGACACAACUGUGCAUGAAAUUGAACCAAUAAAAGACGAAACAACCACCCCAUUAGAAGAGACACCUCAGCUGGACAUUGCUGACGUUGUUGAAGACACGCCUGAAACAGUGGAAGUCACGGAGACAAAAACAGAAACUGGUGAGAUUCGAAAGACAAAAACAACAAAACGCAAGGUCAAAGGAAAAGAUGGCGUCGUCCAGGAGGUCACAGAGGUGGAGGUAACAGAAGGCCCACAAGAAGACGUUGAAAUAACUGAGGAACCAGUUGUUGAAGAAAUUGUUGAGACACCCGAAGGUAAGAUCAUCACUAAAACAGUCAAAAAGCGCACAAAGAAAACUAAAUCUAUCACUACACCUGACACGACUGACACUACUGUGCAUGAAAUUGAACCAAUAAAAGACGAAACAACCACCCCAUUAGAAGAGACACCUCAGCUGGACAUUGCAGACGUUGUUGAAGACACGCCUGAAACAGUGGAAGUCACGGAGACAAAAACAGAAACUGGUGAGAUUCGAAAGACAAAAACAACAAAACGCAAGGUCAAAGGAAAAGAUGGCGUCGUCCAGGAGGUCACAGAGGUGGAGGUAACAGAAGGCCCACAAGAAGACGUUGAAAUAACUGAGGAACCAGUUGUUGAAGAAAUCAUUGAGACGCCCGAAGGUAAGAUCAUCACUAAAACUGUCAAAAAGCGCACCAAAAAAACUAAACAUAUCUCGAUACCUGACACCACUGACACUACCGUACACGAAAUUGAGCAAACAAAAGACGAAACAACCAACCCAUUAGAGGACACAUCUCAGCUAGACUUUGCAGACGUUGUUGCAGACACGCCAGAAACAGUUGAAAUCACGGAGACACGAACAGAAACUGGUGAGAUUCGAAAGACAAAAACAACAAAGCGCAAGGUCAAAGGAAAAGAUGGCGUCGUCCAGGAGGUCACAGAGGUGGAGGUAACAGAAGGCCCACAAGGCAUUGUCGAAAUAACUGAGGAACCAGUUGUUGAAGAAAUCGUUGAAACACCCGAAGGUAAGAUCAUCACUAAAACUGUCAAAAAGCGCACUAAGAAAACUAAAUCUAUCACUACACCUGACACGACUGACACUACUGUGCAUGAAAUUGAACCAAUAAAAGACGAAACAACCACCCCAUUAGAAGAGACACCUCAGCUGGACAUUGCUGACGUUGUUGAAGACACGCCUGAAACAGUGGAAGUCACGGAGACAAAAACAGAAACUGGUGAGAUUCGAAAGACAAAAACAACAAAACGCAAGGUCAAAGGAAAAGAUGGCGUUGUCCAGGAGGUCACAGAGGUGGAGGUAACAGAAGGCCCACAAGAAGACGUUGAAAUAACUGAGGAACCAGUUGUUGAAGAAAUCAUUGAGACGCCCGAAGGUAAGAUCAUCACUAAAACUGUCAAAAAGCGCACCAAAAAAACUAAACAUAUCUCGAUACCUGACACCACUGACACUACCGUACACGAAAUUGAGCAAACAAAAGACGAAACAACCAACCCAUUAGAGGACACAUCUCAGCUAGACUUUGCAGACGUUGUUGCAGACACGCCAGAAACAGUUGAAAUCACGGAGACACGAACAGAAACUGGUGAGAUUCGAAAGACAAAAACAACAAAGCGCAAGGUCAAAGGAAAAGAUGGCGUCGUCCAGGAGGUCACAGAGGUGGAGGUAACAGAAGGCCCACAAGGCAUUGUCGAAAUAACUGAGGAACCAGUUGUUGAAGAAAUCGUUGAAACACCCGAAGGUAAGAUCAUCACUAAAACUGUCAAAAAGCGCACUAAGAAAACUAAAUCUAUCACUACACCUGACACGACUGACACUACUGUGCAUGAAAUUGAACCAAUAAAAGACGAAACAACCACCCCAUUAGAAGAGACACCUCAGCUGGACAUUGCAGACGUUGUUGAAGACACGCCUGAAACAGUGGAAGUCACGGAGACAAAAACAGAAACUGGUGAGAUUCGAAAGACAAAAACAACAAAACGCAAGGUCAAAGGAAAAGAUGGCGUCGUCCAGGAGGUCACAGAGGUGGAGGUAACAGAAGGCCCACAAGAAGACGUUGAAAUAACUGAGGAACCAGUUGUUGAAGAAAUUGUUGAGACACCUGAAGGUAAGAUCAUCACUAAAACUGUCAAAAAGCGCACUAAGAAGACUAAACAUAUCUCGACACCUGACACCACUGACACUACCGUACACGAAAUUGAGCAAACAAAAGACGAAACAACCACCCCAUUAGAGGAAAAACCUCAGCUGGACUUUGCCGACGUUGUUAAAAACACGCCUGAAACAGUGGAAGUUACGGAGACAAAAACAGAAACUGGUGAGAUUCGAAAGACAAAAACAACAAAACGCAAGGUCAAAGGAAAAGAUGGCGUCGUCCAGGAAGUCACAAAGGUGGAGGUAACAGAAGGCCCACAAGAAGACGUUGAAAUAACUGAGGAACCAGUUGUUGAAGAAAUCAUUGCAACGCCCGAAGGUAAGUUCAUCACUAAAACUGUCAAAAAGCGCACUAAGAAAACGAAACAUAUCUCGAUACCUGACACCACUGACACAACCGUACACGAAAUUGAGCAAACAAAAGACGAAACAACCACCCCAUUAGAGGAUACACCUCAGCUCGACUUUGCAGACGUUGUUGUAGACACGCCUGAAACAGUGGAAGUCACGGAGACACGAACAGAAUCUGGUGAGAUUCGAAAGACAAAAACAACAAAACGCAAGGUCAAAGGAAAAGAUAGUGUAGUCCAGGAGGUCACAGAGGUGGAGGUAACAGAAGGUCCACAAGAAGAUGUUGAAAUCACUGAGGAACCAGUUGUUGAAGAAAUUGUUGAGACACCCGAAGGUAAGAUCAUCACUAAAACUGUCAAAAAACGCACAAAGAAAACUAAAUCUAUCACGACACCUGACACGACUGACACUACUGUGCAUGAAAUUGAACCAAUAAAAGACGAAAAAACCACCCCAUUAGAGGAAAAACCUCAGCUCGACUUUGCAGACGUUGUUGUAGACACGCCAGAAACAGUGGAAGUCACGGAGACACGAACAGAAUCUGGUGAGAUUCGAAAGACAAAAACAACAAAACGCAAGGUCAAAGGAAAAGAUGGCGUCGUCCAGGAAGUCACAAAGGUGGAGGUAACAGAAGGCCCACAAGAAAACGUUGAAAUAACUGAGGAACCAGUUGUUGAAGAAAUCAUUGAGACGCCCGAAGGUAAGUUCAUCACUAAAACUGUCAAAAAGCGCACUAAGAAAACUAAACAUAUCUCGAUACCUGACACCACUGACACUACCGUACACGAAAUUGAGCAAACAAAAGACGAUACAACCACCCCAUUAGAGGAUACACCUCAGCUCGACUUUGCAGACGUUGUUGUAGACACGCCAGAAACAGUGGAAGUCACGGAGACACGAACAGAAUCUGGUGAUAUGCGAAAGACAAAAACAACUAAACGCAAGGUCAAAGGAAAAGAUGGCGCUGUCCAGGAGGUCACAGAGGUGGAGGUAACAGAAGGUCCACAAGAAGACGUUGAAAAAACUGAGGAACCAGUUGUUGAAGAAAUAGUGGAGACACCCGAAGACGUUGUCGUAGACACGCCAGAAACAGUGGAAGUCACGGAGACAAAAACAGAAACUGGUGAGAUUCGAAAGACAAAAACAACAAAACGCAAGGUCAAAGGAAAAGAUGGCGUCGUCCAGGAAGUCACAAAGGUGGAGGUAACAGAAGGCCCACAAGAAGACGUUGAAAUAACUGAGGAACCAGUUGUUGAAGAAAUCAUUGAGACGCCCGAAGGUAAGUUCAUCACUAAAACUGUCAAAAAGCGCACUAAGAAAACUAAACAUAUCUCGAUACCUGACACCACUGACACUACCGUACACGAAAUUGAGCAAACAAAAGACGAUACAACCACCCCAUUAGAGGAUACACCUCAGCUCGACUUUGCAGACGUUGUUGUAGACACGCCAGAAACAGUGGAAGUCACGGAGACACGAACAGAAUCUGGUGAUAUUCGAAAGACAAAAACAACAAAACGCAAGGUCAAAGGAAAAGAUGGCGCUGUCCAGGAGGUCACAGAGGUGGAGGUAACAGAAGGUCCACAAGAAGACGUUGAAAAAACUGAGGAACCAGUUGUUGAAGAAAUAGUGGAGACACCCGAAGGUAAGAUCAUCACUAAAACUGUCAAAAAGCGCACUAAGAAAACUACACAUAUCUCGACACCUGACACCACUGACACUACCGUACACGAAAUAGAGCAAAUAAAAGACGAAACAACCACCGCACUAGAGGAUACACCUCAGCUCGAUUUUGCAGACGUUGUCGUAGACACGCCAGAAACAGUGGAAGUCACGGAGACACGAACAGAAUCUGGUGAGAUUCGAAAGACAAAAACAACAAAACGCAAGGUCAUAGGAAAAUAUGGCGUUGUCCAGGAGGUCACAGAGGUGGAGGUAACAGAAGGUCCACAAGAAGACGUUGAAAUAACUGAGGAACCAGUUGUUGAAGAAAUUGUUGAGACACCCGAAGACAUUGUUGAAGACACGCCAGAAACCGUCGAAAUCACGGAGACAAAAACAGAAACUGGUGAUAUUCGAAAGACAAAAACAACAAAACGCAAGGUCAAAGGAAAAGAUGGCGUUGUCCAGGAGGUCACAGAGGUUGAGGUAACAGAAGGCCCACAAGACGUUGUCGAAAUAACUGAGGAACCAGUUGUUGAAGAAAUCGUUGAAACACCCGAAGGUAAGAUCAUUACUAAAACUUUCAAAAAGCAAACUAAGAAAACUAAAUCUAUCACGACACCUGACACGACCGACACUACUGUACAUGAUAUUGAACCAAUAAAAGACGAAAAAACCACCCCAUUAGAAGAUACACCUCAGCUGGACAUUGCAGACGUUGUUGAAGACACGCCAGAAACCGUCGAAAUCACGGAGACAAAAACAGAAACUGGUGAGAUUCGAAAGACAAAAACAACAAAACGCAAGGUCAAAGGAAAAGAUGGCGUUGUCCAGGAGGUCACAGAGGUUGAGGUAACAGAAGGCCCACAAGGCGUUGUCGAAAUAACUGAGGAACCAGUUGUUGAAGAAAUCGUUGAAACACCCGAAGGUAAGAUUAUCACUAAAACUGUCAAAAAGCGCACUAAGAAAACUAAAUCUAUCACGACACCUGACACGACUGACACUACUGUACAUAAAAUUGAACCAAUAAAAGACGAAACAACCACCCCAUUAGAAGAGACAACUCAGCUGGACAUUGCAGUUGUUGUUGAAGACACGCCAGAAACAGUGGAAGUCACGGAGACUAAAACAGAAACUGGUGAGAUUCGUAAGACAAAAAUAACAAAACGCAAAGUAAAAGGAAAAAAUGGCGUCGUCCAAGAGGUCACAGAGGUGGAGGUCACAGACGGCCCACAAGAAGACGUUGAAAUGACUGAGGAACCAAUUGUUGAAGAAAUCGUUGAAACACCCGAAGACGCUGUUGAAGACACUCAAGAUACAGUCGUAAUCACGGAAACAAAAACAGAAACUGGUGACAUUCGUAAGACAAAAAUAACAAAACGCAAGGUCAAAGGAAAAGAUGGCGUUGUCCAAGAGUUCACAGAGGAGGAGAUACCAGAAGGCCCACAGGAAGACGUCGAAUUAACAGAGAAACCAGUUGUUGAAGAAAUCGUUGAAACACCCGAAGGUAAGGUCAUCACUAAAACCAUCAAAAAGCGCACUCAGAAAACAAAACAUAUCUCGACACCUGACACCACUGACACUACCGUACACGAAAUAGAACACAUAAAAGACGAAACAACAACCCUAUUAGAAGAGACUCCUCGGCUGGAUUUUGCAGACGCUGUUGAAGACGCUCCAGAUACAGUCGUAAUCACGGAAACAAAAACAGAAACUGGUGACAUUCGUAAGACAAAAACAACAAAACGCAAGGUUAAAGGAAAAGAUGGUGUUGUCCAAGAGCUCACAGAGGAACAGGUUACAGAAAGCCCAAAAGAAGACGUCGAACUUACUGAGGAGCCAAUUGUUGAAGAAAUCGUUGAAACACCCGAAGGUAAGGUCAUCACUAAGACCGUCAAAAAGCACACUAAGAAAACUAAACAUAUCUCGACACCUGACACCACUGACACUACCGUACACGAAAUUGUACACAUGAACGACGAAACAACAACCCCAUUAGAGGAGACACCUCGGCCGGAUAUUGGAGACGCUGUUGAAGACACUCCAGAUACAGUCGUAAUCACUGCGACAAAAACUGAAACAGGUAAGAUUCGUCAGACAACAACACCAAAACGCAAGGUCAAAGCAAAAGAUGGCGUCGUGAACGAGAUCCCACAGGUGGGGGUAACAGAAGGCCCAUUAGAAGACGUCGAAUUAACAGAGGAAUCAGUUGUUGACGAAAUCGUUGAAACACCCGAAGGUAAGGUCAUCACUAAAACCGUCAAAAAGCGCACUCAGAAAACAAAACAUAUCUCGACACCUGACACCACUGACACUACCGUACACGAAAUAGAACACAUAAAAGACGAAACAACAACCCCAUUAGAGGAGACACCUCGGCUGGAUUUUGCAGACGCUGUUGAAGACACUCCAGAUACAGUCGUAAUCACGGAAACAAAAACAGAAACUGGUGACAUUCGUAAGACAAAAACAACAAAACGCAAGGUUAAAGGAAAAGAUGGCGUUGUUCAAGAGCUCACAGAGGUGGAGAUAACAGAAGGCCGACAAGAACACUUCGAACUAACUGAGGAACCAUUUAAUGAAGAAAUCGUUGAAACACCCGAAGGUAAGAUCAUCACAAAAAUUGUGAAAAAGCGCACUAAGAAAACUAAACAUAUCUCGACACCUGACACCACUGACACUACCGUACACGAAAUAGAACACAUAAGAGACGAAACAACAACCCCAUUAGAGGAGACACCCCGGCUGGAUUUUGCAGACGCUGUUGAAGACACUCCAGAUACUGUCGUAAUCACGGAAACAAAAACAGAAACUGGUGACAUUCGUAAGACAAAAACAACAAAACGCAAGGUCAAAGGAAAAGACGGCGUUGUCCAAGAGCUCACAGAGGAGAAGGUGACAGAAGGCCCACAGGAAGACGUCGAAUUAACAGAGGAACCAGUUGUUGAAGAAAUCGUUGAAACACCCGAAGGUAAGGUCAUCACUAAGACCGUCAAAAAGCGCACUAAGAAAACAAAACAUAUCUCGGCACCUGACACCACAAACACUACCGUACACGAAACAACAACCCCAUUAGAGGAGACACCUCGGCCGGAUUUUGCAGACGCUGUUGAAGACACUCCAGAAACAGUCGUAAUCACGGAGACAAAAACAGAAACUGGUGACAUUCGUAAGACAAAAACAACAAAACGCAAGGUCAAAGGAAAAGAUGGCGUUGUCCAAGAGUUCACAGAGGAGGAGGUAACAGAAGGCCGACAAGAAGACUUCGAUCUUACUGAGAAACCAUUUAAUGAAGAAAUCGUUGAAACACCCAAAGGUAAGAUCAUCACAAAAAUUGUGAAAAAGCCCACUAAGAAAACAAAACAUAUCUCGACACCUGACACCACUGACACUACCAUACACGAAAUAGAACACAUAAAAGACGAAACAACAACCCCAUUAGAGGAGACACCUCGGCCUGAUUUUGCAGACGCUGUUGAAGACACUCCAGAAACAGUCGUAAUCACGGAGACAAAAACAGAAACUGGUGACAUUCGUAAGACAAAACCUACAAAACGCAAGGUUAAAGGAAAAGAUUGCAUUGUUCAAGAGCUCACAGAGGUGGGUGUAACAGAAGGCCGACAUGAAGACUUCGAACUAACUGAGGAGCCAUUUAAUAAAGAAAUCGUUGAAACACCCGAAGGUAAGACCAUCACUAAAACUGUCAAAAAGCGCACUCAGAAAACAAAACAUUUCUCGACACCUGACACCACUGACACCACCGUACACGAAAUAGAACCCAUAAAAGACGAAACAACCACCCCAUUAGAGGAGACACCUCGGCUUGACUUUGCAGACGCUGUUGAAGACACUCCAGAUACAGUCGUUAUCACGGAGACAAAAACUGAAACAGAUGCUGUGGGAACAUCUACUGGCGAUUAUUCAGAAAAAACUGCAAAAGUGAAAUUUAACUUGAAACCGCAAAAAAUUGAACAUAUGUCGGUACAAGGUUUUCAAGCCCAGCAACCGAGUGAAACACCAGGCACUAGUUUUGCUAAAUUGAAACUUAAAAAACCCACAUUGAAAUCAAAAGAUGAACCUACAUCAGUAUCUUUACCUAAGUUCCAGCUUAAAAGUCGAAUUCGUUUUGUCAAUGAUUGGCCUCCCAGUAUUAUACAACCUUCAGUUACAAUAGUGGGCAGUAUAAAACAAAAUGGCGAACUAUCAAGAAGUGUAAAAGAAGCGAAUAAAGUAAAAAAGAAACUGAAGAAAGAUAUUAUAAUCCCAGAAUAUGAGAAAAACGACUUAGAGGUCCCUGAAAAGCUAGAUUAUGAAAAGACUAAAGAAUUAGAAGAUGGCAAUAUUAGUUUGAUAAAUAAGAGACACUCUCCUGAGAUCGAACCUCUUGAAUGUAAAAUUUCUAGCAAAAAAGACUUGAAAAAAUUAGUUCCGCUCAAAAUAGAACAAAAAAUUAUUCAAAUAGAUAAGUUGCAACAUGCUGAAAAUAUGGAUACACCUCAAUUCGUAAAAUUAAAAUUAAAAACAACCAAAACUCAACCAAAACAAGAAAUUUCCGACGUAAAAUUACCAAAGAUACAGUUAAAAAGUCGAAUUAAAUAUGUGAAUGAUUGGCCUCCCGAGAUUUUUAAGCCACUAGUAACUAGUAUUGACAGUAUAAGGCAGAACGGAAUAUUAUCAAGAAAUGUUCAAGAAGCUAAAAAAUUAAAGAAAAAGCCUUUGAUACAAAAAGAAAUACCAGAGGUUGAAAAAGUAGACCUUGAGAAACCAAUGUUUACACAAAUAGAUAUAGCAGAAACUAAAAAUAAAACACAAAGUUGUGAAAUUACUGACAACAUAAAGACAACCGAAGAAGAUGAUGAGCCAGAACAAGUUACCGUACAGCCUCGUCGUGCAAGUUUGAAAAAAGUUGAAGAAUUGGUUGAUGAGGUUGUAAUUAAGAAAAAGCUUAAGCCCGUGAGGAAGUCCUCUGUUACUCUACCAGAAAUAACAGAGCCUGAAGUAGUUGUUUUCAGGCCUAAAACUACAAAAACAUUAGAAGACGUGGAGCAGGAAUUCAAUAUUCAAUUAGAUUCAUACGCUGAAGAAGAAAUAUCAAUGUCUAGUAAGGUGAAAUUAAAACAGCAAAAGCAACCUACUUAUAGUGAGGAAGCAAAUGAAACAUCAAUCAAAUUUUAUGAAGAGGAACAAGGCCCAGAUAUAACUGAAAUAAUCAAUAAUGAAGACAUUGCUGACGAAGAUGCGACAGAUAUAUUCAUACCAAUGAAAAAGAAGUUAAAAGCAGAGUCAGAAAUUUUGUCUACAGUUACUUUAUCAAAACCAAUAGAAACAAAUGUCUCGACGGAAAUAACAAAGGAUGUUAAUAUAACUCUAAAAAACAAGAAUCCGUACAUUAUAGACAAUCAAGAUGAAGUGUCAUUUGAUGUUAAACAGCAAACUGACCAGUUUACUCAAGAGGAGCUUUCACUUUCAAGCAAAAUUUUAUUAAAAAAGAAGAAAGAAAAGGUCCUUUCUGAGGCAUCCGAUGAAGUUUCACUUAAAAUAGAACAAGAAAUUUUUGAUACUGAUAAAGCCGAAGAGGUAGUUCUGAGUGAUAUUGAAUCUGAUGAAAAUAUUGAAAUGACCAUUACGAGAAAAAUUAAAAAACCCUCGUAUGAAGUGAAUGAUGUCGAGGAGUUAAGUGUUGAGUUAAAACCUAAAAAGAAUAGACCUCAAACCUUUGAAAAAGAAGAAGUCACGGUAUCAACGAGACGUACGCCCAAAAAAAUUACAUCUCUACAAGAAGCAGAUGUAUCUAUGAGCAUUGCAAAGGAACAAGAAUUCCCAGAAACUCCAGUAAAUGUACGUUCUGGAGACACUGUGUUUGCCGUAUACUCGUAUGUGGCUGAAACUGAUGAAGCAAUCAAUCUUGUUGAGGGUGAACGUCUCUACAUAUUAGAUACUUCAAAUCAAGAUUGGUGGUUUGUCUGUAAGCAUCUAACUGAAGAAAAGGGCUGGGUGCCCGCGCAAUAUUUGAUGGAUGAAGAUAACUACACGCUAUAUUUGCAAAAGAAAUUAAACGAGAAAAUUGAUAAACUGCCUGUUUUUGAGAAACCUACAUCCGAAGAACAGGCCAUCGCUCCAAUAUUCGUUGAAAAAUUGCGUCCAAAACAUACGCCAGACGGUUCUACUGUGCAAUUUGAAUGUCAAGUAGAGGGAUAUCCUAGACCUCAAAUAACAUGGUUCCGCCAGACAGCCAUCAUUAAGCCAUCGAAAGAUUUCCAAAUAUAUUAUGACGAUGACAACGUUGCCACUUUAGUUAUUCGUGAAGUAUUCCCAGAAGAUGCGGGAACAUUUACUUGUGUUGCCAAAAAUGCAGCUGGAUUUGCGUCGAGCACGACCGAGUUGAUUGUAGAGGCACCACUUUCUGAUCACGGCUCUGAGAUGACAAUUCUCUCAAGAAAGAGCUUGUCUCGAGAAUCUUCUUUGGCAGAUAUUUUAGAAGGUAUUCCCCCUACAUUUUCCAAACGUCCAAAGGCGCAAUAUAUUGAUGAGGGCUCAGAUAUAUAUUUAGAAUGUCGUCUUGUUGCAAUACCUGAACCAGAUAUAUCAUGGUUUUUCAAAGGUGAUGAAAUAAUCCCAAGUGAAAAUGUUUCAAUUUCCAUUGAGUCGGAUAUGCAUAUGUAUUGUAGCGUGUUAAAAAUAACGAAUGUAAAAAAACAUCAAGAAGGAACGUACACAGUUUUAGCUGUAAAUAGAGAAGGUGAGGCUAGCUUGCCGAUCGUUUUGAAGGUAAAGACAGGUGAAAAAGAAAAACCGCAAGUGAUCGAACCAUUAAAGAACAUGACUAUUAGGGAACGGGAAAGUUUUGUUCUUACAACUCAGGUUGUUGGUAACCCUGAACCUAAAGUUUCAUGGUUUAAAGACAAUAAGCCCUUGAAGUCAGUACCACAAAAAUCCGACGGUAAUAUUCACUGCAUAACAAUUAUCAAACCAAAAAAAGGAAAAGACGAUGGAAUUUAUACCCUCAGAGCAGUCAACUCUGAAGGAUCUACGGAAACUAAUGCAGUUAUAGUAAUAGAAGAACCUACAGAAGAAGAUGCCGAGCCGCCACUUUUUGUGCACAGAUUCCAAGAAAUAACUGUAAAAGAAAGAGAGACCAUUAAGCUACACGCUAAAGUAACAGGAAAUCCUGUACCAACUAUAACGUGGUAUAGAAACAAUCAAAUAUUAAGGCAAUCGGAUACAAUUCAACAAAGAUUUGAUGGUGAAAGCAUAGAAUUAAUUAUUACGAAUGUAGAUUCAGAAAUAGAUUCUGGUGAUUACAAAUGUGUAGCAUCAAAUAGCGCUGGUAAAGCGUCACAUGGUGCAAGAGUUACGAUAGACGUUGAAGAAGUUACGUUUGUUAAGCUUCUUAAAAAUAAAUACGAAACAGAAGAAGGAAAAUCAGUUGUUUUUGAAUGUGAAACGUCUCAUACCGUGUCAACAAAAUGGUAUCAUAAUGAGAAGGAGUUAAGUGGAAUGGACCAUAGAGAAAUCAUACAGGAAGGAAGAAUUCAUAAGCUAAGAAUAAAAAAAGUUAAGUUGUCUGAUCUUGGUUUAAUCAAAUGUGUCGUUAAGGGACAGGAAACUAGUACAGUGCUGCAAGUUAAUGAGACAGUUCCUGAAUUCAUUCGAAAAUUGCAAGAUUUUGAAGUUAAAGAAAAGGAUACCGCUAUAUUAGAAGUAGAAGUCAAUUCUGAAACAGCUGAUGUUAUAUGGGAAAAAGAUGGUGAAAUCAUUAAAACUAAAAAGAAUAAGUUUAAACUUGAAAAGAAAGGUAACGUCAGAAAGUUAUUUAUUAGAAACACAUCCGUACAUGACGAAGGUGAAUAUACAUGUAGGUUACGAGAUGAUGUUUGCGCAGCUGAAAUUACUGUAGUUGAAUUACCACCAGAAAUAAUAUCAAGACUUAAAGAUCAGCGUGUGAGUAAAGGUCAUAAAGCCACCUUUGAUAUUGAGCUUACUAAAGGUGAUGCUCUAGUCAGGUGGUUUAAAGAUAACACAGAAAUACAGUUUUCAAAUCAUAUUCAGCUAAAAAUCGAUGGAAAAAAGCAAAAAUUGAAAAUUUACGAUUGUGAUACCAAUGAUGUGGGAGAAUAUGCUUGUGAAGUCGGUAGCGAUAGAUGUGUAGCACAUUUGGUUGUUGAUGAACCACUAGUUGAUUUUACGUUAAGGUUACCUGAAGUUGUUGUUGUGCAAUCUGGUACUGAUGCUUACUUAACAGUCGAGAUUCCUGAUGAAUCACUGGAUGUAACAUGGUAUAAACGAAAAACUGUUAUUGAAGAUAGUGACAAAUUUACAUUGAUGUUUGAUGGGAAAAAGAGAACACUAGUGAUACGAAAAUGUGAGGAAGAAGAUCAGUGUGAAUAUACGUGCGUUCUAGAAGAUGCCAAAUGCACCACUAAGCUGAAAGUUGAAGUCAUCGAAUUUGCACCAAAAAUACUUUCAUAUAAUAAAGAAUACAGGGUUAGACGAGGUGGUGAUGUGACAAUAAAUGUCCAAUAUGAAGCAAAUCCGCAACCGAACGAUGAAUGGAUAGUUAGCUCCAAAAUUAUAAAGAGAUCGAAACAUAAACGACCUGCUAUAGAUUCAAAGACUGCUACACUUACUAUUAGAAAAAUUGAAAAUUCUGACGCAGGAUCAUACAAGUUGAGGCUAGAAAAUAAUUGUGGAGAGGUAGAAAUAGAAAUUAAAGUUAUUGUUAUGGACAUUCCUUCGCAACCAGGAGCACCGAAAAUAUUAGAGGUGGACGAUAAUUCAGUUAACAUUUACUGGAGCGAACCUUCCGAUAUUGGCAACUCGCGUAUUGAGUGUUACAUAGUUGAAUAUCAAGAGAUAAAUACGACUGAGUGGAUUUCAAUUGAAAAUGUAAGAAAUAAUCAAUAUUGUGUUAUGAAUUUGAAAAACAAAUCGUCAUAUUGCUUCCGUAUUUUCGCCGUAAAUGAAGUGGGAGUUAGCGAAUCUUCCGAGGUUACCGAAUUUAUUCGAAUUGAAAAAGUGACAAAGGGUCAGGCGCCAUCUAUUGAGCAGCCGUUGAGGGAUAUAGUGGCUAUUCCGAAUGAGAAUAUCGAAUUAACAUGUAUAUUCGGUGGCAUUCCGGAACCAAAAAUCAGUUGGAUGAAGAACGGCAAACAAUUAAAAACUGCGAAGGCUACAUAUGUAAACAGGGUGGCAACAUUAAUUGUUAAAGCAACUGAAAAUUCAGAAGCCUUGUACAAAUGUAUAGCCACAAAUGAAUUUGGCGUUGUCGAAACAUCAUGUAAUUUAGAAAUACAUUUAAAACCAAUAAUAACAGUACACGAAGAUGAAAUUGAUCAGAAAAGAAAGGUUGAUGAGGAAUGGAUAGUAACGGCGACUAUAAAAGGCAUCCCUAAUCCAUGUGUAGUAUGGUAUAAAAAUGGAUCAAGAAUUGAUAGUAAGAAAGAAAUUGAUGUAGUCACGGAAGAGAAUAUAAGCAGGAUUAUUAUAUCGAAACUGCGACGUUCACAUACUGGUAGAUACACUAUUGAAGCAACAAAUAAAUCUGGUACAACAACGUUUGAUCUAUCACUCAAAGUUUUCGACAAGCCCAGCAAACCAGAAGGUCCUGUUGUUUUACGAGAGAUAAGCAGGGAAUCGGUUACGAUAGAAUGGAAACCACCUCUCGAUGACGGAGGUCUUGAGCUAACGAAGUAUGCGAUUGAAAAGCAUGACCCAGAGGUUGACCAAUGGAUCAAAAUAGCUGACGUCAAUAAAGAUAUUGAGACUUACUGUAUUCAAAGACUGAACGAGAAUUGCGAAUACAUGUUCCGAGUUAUGGCACAGAAUCCAGUUGGUGUGUCAGAAGCUUUAGAGAGUGACCCAAUUGUGAUAAAGACUGCUUUAGCACCGCCAUCAAGACCUCAGAGUUUUAUCAUUCGGGAAAUCACAUCAAGAUCGGUGACACUGCAAUGGGCCGCACCAGAGAGCGAUGGUGGAAGUCCAAUAACGAAUUACAUAAUUGAAUAUAAGACUGUGAAAGGUAAAACGUGGACUAAAGUGAAAACAGUGAGCGGUUCUAUUUACGAGUAUUGCUUGGAGAACUUGAAGGAAAAAGAUGAGCUGGUGUUUAGAAUUUCAGCUGAAAAUGCGAUCGGUAUCAGCUUGCCCACUCAGUCACAGAGUAUACGACUAGAGAAAUAUGCGACUGUGCCUUCACCACCUACUGGCCCACUAGAAAUGCGAAUGGUGGGCAACAAUGUAGUAAUGACUGCUUGGGGAACCCCAGAAUGGGAUGGUGGAGCACCGCUAUUGGGCUACAACAUUGCAAUACGUGACGUCACGAAGACAAUGUGGAUGGAAGUUGGUCAAGUGGACGCAAACAACCUCAAGUUCAACAUUCGAGAUCUAAGCGAAAAUCAUACUUACAUCAUACGUAUUUAUGCUCGCAAUGAGAUCGGUGUUAGCGAACCGCUCGAGUCUGAUGAACCAUUCAAAUUUAUACCUGGCGAUGAUUCACAAAUCGACGAAGAGCCAGGUGAACAAACAGAGAUGACAGAACCAACGUCAUUCAGUACACAAACUACAACGUCCUGGCUUAGAGACCAUAACAUGGAUGCCGAUAUAGAAUCAUACGCCAGUGGAUCACUUCUUCGAAGAGACGAAUAUUUCUUCCGAAUAUGGUACUACGCGAAACAGUUGUUUAAAUAGAUUGUUUCUCGUACGCUGUAACCUGUGAUAUUUCAACGCAAACAUUUAGUACGAAUAGAAAAUUUAGUACAAAGCGUACAUCCUUCGACUUUAGUUGAAGUAUUUAUUUUAGAUUAAGAUUAUUUAUUUAAUUUAUGUAAAGGAUUGAAUCUGGAUGUUAUGUUUGUGUUUGUUGAUAGAGGGAGACGUUAAUAUAGGUGCAUAAUUGUCAUUUCGAUAACAACGAACCACAAGCAUCGCGAUUCAGGUUUUAUUCUAAUAUUUUCGAUGAAUAUAAUGUUACUAUAUA